AGGAAGGCUGCGUAAGCGCGGCUAGCCCUAGCCGCCCAGAGAGUACGGAAGCCGCCGCCGCCGCCGCCGGAGCAAAUCGCGAAGGAGGAACCGCCGCGGCCCCACAGCGCGCAGCGGACAAAGGAGCUCGGGCGAAAAGGCGGCGCCUCAGCCGGCCGGGCCGGGAGGAGCAGCAGCAGCAGCAGCAGCGCCGCCGCCGCCGCCAUGGCCCGCCCCGCCGCCCUCGCCGCCCGCCCGCCGCACUGCAGCGCCCUCCGCCUCCGCCGCCCCUCCGGCCGCCGCUCGCCCGCCUGGUGGGCGCUAUGAGGAGAAGCAGCGCCAGGCCCGGCCUGUGUCCGCGCUGAGGAGAAAGGGCUCCCCUCACCCGCCGCCGCCGCCUCCCGCCUCUCGUAUUCCUCCGCCAGGCGGAGGGGCCAGGAAGAGUCCGCCCUUUCCCCGCGUCUCCCGGCGCCCCCGCCCCGGGGGGCCAGAAGAAGAAAAGGGGCGCCUCUUUUUCCCCUCAGCCGCCGCCGCCGCCGCCGCCUCGUGUGACUGACUUUCCGCCGAGGAAGGACGGGAGGAGCAGCGCCCCGAGCAAGGCCGGCUCCGCUUCUCGCCGUCGGGGGGCGGCGACUGGGUCGGGCAGGGCUGGGCCGCCGCCGCCGCCGGGAAGGCAGGAAGAGGAUGGCGGCCCCCUCGCGAUAAGGGGGGGGAGAGAGGGUCUUUCUGAGGGGGAGCCCCCCGUACUCGUCUUUCUAAGGGCGGGAGCGGGAGAGCCUGGAUCUGCCCGCCCGCCCGCCGCCUUGCUCCUUCCCUUUCGGCACCCGAGGAGGAAGCAGCGGAGCGCCGGGGCGCGAAGGGGAGUUGAUCCGGCGCGAGCGGGGGGUGGCGCGGCGAGGAACCAUGUCCGGGCGGCCCAGAACCACCUCCUUUGCGGAGAGCUGCAAGCCGGUGCAGCAGCCCUCGGCCUUUGGCAGCAUGAAAGUUAGCCGUAAGUAUUGAUUUGCACCAAUCUACGUGGUUCUCCCUCUCCCUUGAACCCCGCAUCUCUCGCUGGAUGCCUCGGCUUCCUCUUGGUCCCCGGCAGCGCUGCCUCUCGCGAAGUGUCAGAGCCGGAGGAGGCCUGGCGGCGGCUCUUGAGGAGGCGGCUCUUCCUUUCUUGUCUCCGGGCUCCCUCCUCUCCCCACCCCCCCUGCGCGCACCCUUGCACUAGGCCCACCCUCCGCCUUCCAUUUAGAAGAAAAAGCCAGCCUUGGCUUCUCUGCAUUUCCUCCUAACCUAAAGUAUAGCUUGAUGCUUCUGCUAGAUCCCUCUGUCUAGUUAGACUUCGGAUCUGCAUAGUGGCUUUGGUCAAGGAUGAAUUUACUUUGUUCUCACAACCUUUAAGAAGGGAUUAGAUGUGGAUCGACUCUCUUCAUAUUAUUUCAGGUUUUCUUAUAUUUUUUGCCUUUUUUAUGAGGGGUGCCUUCUAAUGGCGAGGGCCUUGGUUCCAUUCGAUCUUAUACACCACUGUUUCAUACACCUGAACAAUGAUUGAUUUCUUUAUGCCUAUAGCUAAUGGAACUUCCUGGUGAACUAUCAGUUCUCAAAUCGUUUAAAUCAAAAUGUGUGUGGUAUUGUAAAACUUACUACAAAUAGAACUUCAAAUUUGUUUUAAUCCAGCUGCUUUCAAAGAACUCGUAUUUAUGGAUGUAGCUUGUAUUUAAAAGGACUUUGUGGUUAGCUCCAUUGUAGGACAUGGAUUUUAUAAUAAGGCUCUAAUCUGGCUACCUUUUUAUGGACCUGAAAAAGUCCCUCCCCACCCCCAAGGCUGCAGUCCUAAAAACACUUGCUUGGGAUUUUAUCUGAGCAUGCAAUAAUAUGGCCUUGUAGUAAGGAUUAUUGUUUGGCAGAAAUUUUAUGGAAUAUUUAUCCAUUAAUUUCUGAAAUGUUUGUCACAGCAAAUAAAUGUGUAAGAAUGUUGGACAGGAGGAGGCGGCGGCCUUCAGAACCAAGCCAAAAAAAGCUCACCAGACUGCCAGGUGCCUGACAGCCCUGCAGUUCUUGAAGGACCAUGCAACAAGCACAACAUGUUUAUCAGGCUCUUGGUUUUUUUGUUUGAUUGGUUAUGAGUUAUGAAGACCUGGGCCACGGGUUCAAGUUGUAAACAGUCUUAAUUUAAUGCCUUGAGUGUCAGUAGUACUUGUAAAAAUGUAGAAUAUAAUUGACACAUGUUGGGUGCUUUAGAUAAUAUACUUUUGGUGUUACAAAACUUACUUAUUUCAGAAAUACUAGACACAUUGCCUGUGUUUUACUUCUUUUCAUGUAAAAAGCAUUGAGAGGUUGCAGCCCAUUCAUCAAACCUUUGUUGACCACAUAACUUUUAACUGUGUGACAACACAGCAUAUUAAGACUUGGAAGUGUUCAUUUUUAAUUCUGUGGGCGAUUCUUUGAUUAGUUUUGAGGUAUUCUUGGAAGAAAUGUUAGUUGACCACAAAUUUUAGAAUUAAACAUUUUUUUUUAAACUAUUAUUAAUCAGUUUGCAGAGCUGUGAUGUUGGUUUUUUAGAGUUGCUAUAUUAUUUAUUUGGAAUCCUAGAACAACAUGACAGUAACAGUCAAUCCUGUACUGUAUGUGUCUAUUCAGAAGUAGACCCUAUUUGACACAUCUAAGAGAGAUGGAGAACUUGUGAACCUGCAUAAUGUUACUGAACCACACCUCCCAUCAUCCCUGACAGCAGCCAUGCUGGCUGGGACUGAUUUGAAUCGGAAUGUGCUUAACAGAAUUUAUAUACUGCUUGGUUAUAAAUAAAACCUCUAAGUGAUUUACAAAAUCCAACAACAUCUGGAAGGUCACAGGUUUCCAACUCCUAGAUUGCGUCGUAAGUUACAUACUGAUUUUCAAGAUUCUUUUAAAUUUCACAGUGCUGUAUUAAAAUUCUCUGGGUAAAACUAUACAUAAGGCAGACGUGAGGUUCCCUGUAUAUCUCAUCACAGUAAUGCAGGCUGGGGUUUGUACAUAAGUCAUUCCUAGGGAAAAAUCAGGAUCAGGGGUGUCUAACCUUCCUUGCCAUAAUUCUUGUCCUGGUUGUGUGUUCUGCAAUUCUGUGAUAGAGCAGUAGUGGGAAACCUUUGGCCUGUGGGUCUAAUUAUGCCUGCCAGGCCUUUCACAUUUGGCCCAUCAGGCUAUUUCAACUAAGUCACGUCCACCUGCCCUACCUAACCUGAUGUCAUGUAUGAUGUCAGGUCUGGGGCAGGUAAGGGCGGGGCUUGGCAGAAGGGGUGCUUGCAGGCAUUACUGAUUAGCUCAUUGGCAGUGCUUGCCAAGGCUCUUUCACAGUGCAGGGCAAGCUAGCAGUGUCAGUGUGGCUUCUGAAGAAUUCUAAAGUGCUAUUUUCUGUGGUGCUUUGAAUUGGGUUUUGGAAGAUCCAACAAUCAGCCAAUUGUCAUAUUUUCAGAAGCCCUGCUCAAAGUGCUGUGCAAAAUAGCAGGCAACAAAGGUCACCUCGUGUUAUUACGAUGCCAGGCAAUUGACAGGUGAGCUACCUGUCAAACUUGGCCUGUGCAGAGGGGGUCGGGGCGGGGAGAAUAACAAUCUGGUUCACCAGUCUGGAGUGGUUCCCCAUCCUUGUGGCAGAGAGAUGCCAUCCAUUGAUGCCCCCCCAUUAAUGAUACUUAGUAAGCAUAUCAACAAACUAAUAGUUCUAUUAGUAAGAAAGAUUUUUAAACUGUUUGAGCAGCCCAGGUUGUGAUGGAUGCCUCUUUAAAUUGCCACAUGCAAUUUUUUAAACACUUGCUUUAAUAUAUAUUUUUUAAAAUUUGCUAUGUAAUUAAUUUGUGACUUUCUUCAAAUAUAUAUAUUUUUAAAAAGAUUAACCUAAGUGAUAACCUGGACUGUAAUGUUUAAUCAAGUUAUUCAGUUAUUAGUGGGCACCACAAAUCUUAGUGGUGUUUUAAUUUAAAGCAGAAUGGGAUUUAUAUAUUGUUGAGCAUCCUAGUGAGUCUGGACUUGACUCUCUCUGAGUUUAAGGUUAUUCUUUAUUCUUUUAGUGCCUUUUAUCUAGAAGAACUUGGAAGCACCUAGAGACUUGGAAGCACAGUCACAUUGAGGCGACAUUGGAGGGUCUAAAUCUGCUAAAACCUAUUGGCUAACAGAUUUUCUGGAUCUGGCUGUUAUUAAUUGAUUUCACCCCAUGCAGAAAUCAGUGGUUUUUGAGGUAGAAAAGAGUAACACUUUAUAUCACUUUUGACACCAGAUAAUAUGAGGGCCUUGGGAUAUAUCUAGCUCUGUCUUCAGGUGAAAUUGGACUACUCCACCUUUUGAUACAGUAUUUGCCUUUAGUUCUAAAGAGAGGAACAUCCCACUUGCUCAGUCACCUACUAGGCUGAUCAAAGCACAGCAUGGUUUGACCUGUGCCUUUCUAUUUCAGUUCUUGUUUAAGAAUGAGGAAAAUAACUUUCAUUUGUGCCAUAAUCCUAUAUUUUAGUUACAAUUCUGUUCUUUGACUGCUGUUGCUUACAUAGCCAAAAUGACAACACAGAAGAGGGAGGUAUGAACAGAUUUGGGGAAACGAAGGUUUGCAGAAGCAUAAACAAAUCUUUAGAAAAAACCCUCAUCCCUUCUCCACCUCCCAAAACAAUCUAAUGAAGACCGAUGAUGCUCAAUGUCUAUGGAAUGCUGCCUGACUUGAGGAGUGAGGGAAAUUUGAAAACUGGAUUUGAGAGCUGCUCAGAGAGAUGAAAUAAAGAAAUCCAAUACAUUAGCUGAGAUUGAGUACUUGUGUACCCCCCCUCCAAAAAACAGCCCAAUGAGUCUUGUGCUUGCUCAGUACCCAUGGAAUGCCGAUUGACCAUAGAGAAGGAAAAAAUGGGUGGGAAGGGAAAUGGAAUGACUGGGAAAGGAGGGUCAAGGAAGAAACACAAAGAUGUAUGCUGUAGCAAUGGGUUUUCCUGCACCAGCAGGGAUUUGGACCAGAUGACCUUUGAGGUCUUUUCUAGCUUGAUGGUUCUAAAUAAAUAAAGGUUAUAGAAAACAGUCUCAUUGUUUGGGUAGGUCAUUUCCUGGUUCACAAUAAGAAGCUAUUUUUAAAUGUCUAUGGGAGAACUGCACAUAGAAAUCAAUGUAGAAAUCCAAGCUUUUAUUUUAGUUGGGAUCUGACAUCUGUGUGUCUAGUCCCCUCCAACCCCUCCCAUGAAGCGGGGAAAAGCCCUCAAACCAUUGAGGUCUAAGCAUACUUGGUGCAGAAUGUGAACUGACUGUGGGACAUGAUGGAGUGGCAGAAUGGAAUGGCUGAACAGAAGCACUCAACACUGCAGCAUUUUCGUUGCAGGAUUUUACUGGUGUCAAUGCAUGGGCAAUCCUUCCCUAGCCAUCCUAUGGCAGAUCUGCCUUGGUCCUUAUUUCUGAUAUAUCUGGCUCCUACAUAUUUUUCUUUACCACUUCGUCAGUUAGUUGUUCUCAGUUUUCCUUGAUGAGAUUUAUAUAGAAGCUAAUGGCUUUCCGUGUACCAUGGAUCUUCUCUGUAAAAUUCUUAUUACCUCUUACGCUUUAUACAGUCAGUCAGCAAGAUAUGGUAUCUGAAGAAGCGUGCAUGCACACGAAAGCUCAUACCCAUAACGAACUUAGUUGGCCUCUUAAGGUGCUACCCGAAGGAUUUUUUUCAUUUUGUUUCGACUACGGCAGCAAUACAAUACAUAAAAUGUGGAUUACCAUUCAAGAUUUCUUUGUAGUCACUGUAUGACUGAAUCAGAAUAGGUUUCCUUUUUGAGUCUUCAACCAGAUCACUUAGGUUUUAGUUGGAGGCAUGUUUUCUAAGGUGAGUGGCAGUUGUGUGUGUUGAUUUGAACCUCAAAUAAAUGUCAGACCAAACAAUGCAAUUAUGAAUUUAAGAUUGUUCUGAUAAUUCGCAUGGCCCUAAUACCCAGGAUCAUUAAGAAUAAUAGUAAUACCAAGUCCCAAAAUACAUACAAAACUACUGAUAAUUCCUACCAAAUGACAGAUCUGAAAGUUCACAUAAUUCACAUAUCCAGAAUCAAAUAUCCAAAUUCUGUGGCUAAGAUUCUUUGUCUGGCAUAAAGUUUUAAGUGAAUCCUGAGCAGUCUAUACGAGUCCCCACAUUAUAAAGUAAAAGCCAAUCUACAUGAAAAAAAUCUGAACAAAUAUAAAUCGCUUGCAGUUUUAAAAUCUUACAAACAAGGAGUCAAACAAAGGAAGCAAUCUCAAAAGAACUCAGGUCAGUCUAAAUCUGAUUUGGUGCCACUAAUUUUUUUAAGAUAUAUAUUUGGUAACAGAAAGGCUUAAAUGUUUUAAAAUUAGGUUUGCAGAAACAAAUCAGCAUAUAUUCUGUAAAUAAAUUAAAAGUGCCCUUUUGUCUGUUAAUAAACCAAGGGAAUAGAUCCAUUUCUCCUAUGUGCAAUAUGCAUUUAAUUAGCUGUUUCUGCAAUUUCUACUAUUGAUUUGGUAUAAAAUGGAUUGUCUUAAAAAUACUGUAUAUACUGAUAGUAUAUUACUUUAUAUUGUGGAUAAUGUUCUUUUCUGUAACAAAAGCUUUUCAUAAAUGUAGGAGUGUUGCUUACCACAAAGUCAACGCAGAGCAAUCCUGUGCAUGUUUUCUUGAAAGCAAGAUCCACUGGCUAUGAUUGUAUAGUCUCACAUCUCUGCUUAUGAAUGCAUAUGAAGGAGCCUUACGGUUGUGCAUGCACCCCCUUGUUAGAAAGCAUCUUAUUCUGAUUUGAACUUAUGGGUCACUUUUUAAAAAACCCAAAAAGUCACUCAAAGCAACUUAAAGCAUACAUUAAAAGCAACGUACAACUGAAAUGGAGUAAAAGCUAGGGAGUAAGACAUCCAAUCCACUGAAGGGGGGCACAGAUAAUUAAAAGUCAAAAGCCCAAUGGAAAAGAGUUUUUUGCCUGAUGCCUAAAAAUGGGUAAUGAUGGCACCAGGUGUGCUUCCCUGGGGGGAGAGUUCUGUAAAUGGGAAGCAACCGUUAAGAAGCCCAGUUCCCAUGUUGCUACCCUCUUCACUUCCCUCGGACAAGACACAUAGAGAAGGGCCUUAGAUUAUGAGCAUAGAGUCUGUGUUAGUUCAUGUGAGGAGAGGUGGCCCCUGAGGUAUUGGGGUCCUGUGCUGCAUAAGGGUUAACAGGUCAAAACUAGCAUCUUGAAUUGAUCCUGGAAACUAAUUAGAAGCCUGUGCAGUUGUGCUAGAACUGGUGUUACAUAUUUAGACUGUCUGGUCAGCAAUUUGGUUGCCAGAUUCUGCGCCCAUUGCAGUUUCUGAACAGUCUUCAAGGCAACCCAUACUUUGGCAAAAUAGGAAACCAUAGUUAACUGAAAACUUCCUAAUUUGUUUGCUGUCUUGCACAAAGUGGUUGCAUGUGUGUCCAGAAGUCUCAUUCAUAUUUCAGCAAUAUAUGAUAUAAAUAAUCCAAUUCUGGCCAUUGUGUUCAGUGGAGGUUACAGCUAGGAAUAUGUAAUAAGCAUUGUGGCCUUCCUAAGUGUAAAUGCUGCCACUGCACUCAUUGUUACAAAAAGAGCAAUGAAAACCACAUGAAAUGUCACUAUUCAACACGUUCAUGUAAUUGGUAGGGAUGAGCAGUUUUCAGUGCAUAAAGUCAUAAUGUCUCUUCAGUAAUGUAAUUUGAAUGAUCCAAUUGAAUCUCUGAGUCGUCAUACACUCCACAUUAAAUUAUUUUCUUACUCAUACCUGUUUUAUAUAUUAUAAAACUAUCAUUCAUUUUUAGGUUGAUAUUUUCUGUGAACUGCCCUGAGACCUCCGGGUAUAGGGCAAUAUAUAAAUUCAAUAAAAAUAAUAAUUCAAAAUUUAUUUGCACUCUUUUUCAUACUGAAUGUGACUGAAUGAAAAUAGGCUUUCCUCCUGUGUCUUGCUUGGGAUAGACGUUACUGUUGCCACUUUAAAACAGGUCACCUUAGAUUAUUCUCACGUUAGGAGACAUUUCAAGGAGUGGCACACAUCUCUGCUGGUCUUCACUAGCCUGGUUGCUUCCUCUGGAUUGCCUCAUGACUCUUAAAUCCUUCAAGUCAUUAAGAUAAAUAGCCAUGUAUCAUCUUGAGGUCUUAAAAGUGGUUUCUCCUAUCUGUGAGUGAUCUGUAUUUCUGCAGGCAAAGAAAGCAACCUGUUCGUCUCUUGUUUUCAGCGCCAAUUUAUGAAUGUUUACUUCGAAGAAAGUUCUACCAUGUUUUGGGGGCUUAACUCCCACCUAAGGCUGCAUAAGACGGUGGCCUAUAUUCUCUUGGACCGUUCAUUGAUACAGCUAGGUCUUCUCACCUUCUACUUCCAAAAUCAGCCAUGUCUCUCACAGAAACGUUCUAAAAUGUAUACACUGGCUACCAUCUUGUCCUGCUACCCAGCACGCUUGUCUGUACUUCUGAAAUCUUUUUAUUUGCCCAUGCAACCAUAAUUCUGCUCAUAUUUCCUGUUACCUCCUUGUGACAGUUGCUCCUUCAUUUCUGCCACCUGCAACUACCUGAAAGUUUCCUUUUGUCUUAAAUGGUGGUGGCAGGGAUGUGAAUUAUUUCAUUCUAAAUCAGUUGAGUCACAGGAGAGAAACAGAUUCUGGGAUUAUUGUUGCUGGAAGGGGUGGCUCGCUUUAACUCUUGCUGUCUUCCCCGAGACCCCUUGGCCAGGCAGUCUCAAUUUCUCCCUUACCUCAAGGCCAGAUUGACAGAAAGGAAACACAAAAGCAGGUGAAAUGCCCCUGAGGAUGCUGACUUAGCUGUUGAUUACGCACUUGGUUUUCCCUUGGAACAGUUGACUGCAAAAGUUCUGAUUUUAUGGUGACAUCUCGCUGCUUACUCUAAUUUUGUAUUUGGGGUAUGAAAAAGUAGACUCUUUCCAGCAGAGUACCCUCUUUUUGUUGUCUAGCUGUGUUUUAAAACAUGCUGUGCAGUGCAUAGUACUGGCCUCACUCUUGCUUCUUCAUUGCGCAUGUGGGCGGACAACACUUGGAAGUUGCAGUUGAGUCAAUUUUGAUAUUCCAAUCUCUCCACUUCCUUGGGCAUAAGUACCACUGAAGUCUGUAAGAAUUACUUUGGAGCAAACAUGCAUAAGAUCAUGUUAAGAACAUUUUUUUAAAUCAGUACAGUAAGAGUAGGAAGAAUGGGGACGCUCAGUGUUAGAGUGCACACUCUGCAUGCUUCUCAGUUUCGGUCCUUGGCGUCUUUGGUUAAAAAGAUUAAACAGCAGGUGAUGGGAAAGAUUUCUGCCUGUGGCCAUUAAAAACCACUGCCAGACAAAGUAGACCAGGGAAAGCCAAUAUGGCACCCUCCAGGUGUUUUGGAUUACAACCCAUUGGCUCCACCCACCGUGGCCGGUGAUCAUGGAUAAUGGUUGUAAGCCAACAUGAUACCUCCAGAUGCUGUGGACAUAGCUGGAGUAGGCAGUAUUGGGCAGAUGGGUUGGGGUCUGACUUGAAAAAAGGCAGCUUCAUAUAUGGGGUAGGAGAGAGAGAAAGUGAGAAAUAAUGUGAUAGCUGUUUGGAUUAUUAAGUUAACAGGGUUACAACAGAAGCUAUCAAAUGGGAUUUGUCUCCAGGGAGACAAUGUAUUCCCAAAUUAUGAUGAAAUUUGUGUUUUGAAAUAAUGUAUUUGUAUUUAGUUUGCAUGGAGUGCCAUUUCAUCACUACAGACUGUCACAUCAUCCAGCAACCAACUGUUUACACAGGCUUAGGACAGUUUUUGUUUAUAUUCAUUACUUGUUACAAUUUUCGCCUUCAUUAUUAACAUUUUGGAUUGUAUUUUCCUGAGCUUGGAAGAGGUCACUGUUUGCUUAUAUUACUCUAUGCAGGGUUGCUACAUAAUUAUUAAUACUUUCAAUAUAAGCAUGCUUACCGUAUUUUUCGCUCUAUAGGACGCACUUUUUCCCCUCCAAAAAUGAAGGGGAAAUCUGUGUGUGUCCUAUGGGGCGAAUGCAGGCUUUCGCUGAAGCCUGGAGAGCGAGAGGGGUCGGUGCGCACAAGGCUUGUGGGCAGCAGCCUGAAACCCACAAGCUCGGGGGAUAGCGGGGAGGCGGAGCGCCGCCACCCCGCUAUUCCCGGACCUGGUCUUGAGGCUGGCGGGGGGGGGGAGAGAAGCAAGCUUGCUUCCCCACAUCGCCAGCCCCACAAGCUCGGGGGACAGUGGGGCAAGCCGCUGCCCCACGGAGGCUAGAGAGGCUGUCCCUGAAGGCAGAAGAGGGAGACGGAGCACUCCGUCUCCCUCUUCUAGCUUGGGGAUGGCUGCGCAAACCUGGGGGGAAAUAAAUUUUUUCCCCUUGAUUUCCCCCCCCAAAAAACUAGGUGCGUCCUAUGGGCCGAUGCGUCCAGUAGGGCGAAAAAUAAGGUAUAUCAAAAACCUUUACAGUUCCUGAUGACUUCAAGGUUAUUCAUUGGUGGAAAUGAAAGGUGAUAUUCAACUAAGUUGUUACAUGCAUGGAAUGAUGUUUGCUUGCACGCCUGGGACUUCUUUCCUCUCGUCCCUCUAUCUGCCCCCUGUGCCCCCCGUUUGCUCUGGAAGGCUGGGGGAACCCACAGAAAAGGUUUAGGGGACAUUCAGCCUUAUGGGGGGGAGUCUUGUUGCACGAGUAGACCUCAUUAUGUGCAUGCAUUUAGUGUUAUGCUGAAUGCCACCCUUUAUUUUAAAAUUAGGGCUGCAGCUUUAAUUGAUGAAUCAAAAUGAUGAAUGAAAGUUCUUGACCCAAUUGUUUAAAAAAUUUAUUCUCCCAGUCCUCCGUUGAUGAUGCUUUUUUGAGGUGAGCUACUGUAGCCAGGCUACUGCGGGAGGCAGUGGAAGACAGAAGUGCCUGGCGUGCUCUGGUUCAUGGGGUCACGAAGAGUCGGACACGACUAAACAACAACAACACUGUAGCCAGGCAACCCCCCCCCCAAAUAAUCAUGAAAUGGGAGAUUGCAAGGGUCAUUAGGGCACUUUCCCAUUUCCUAUGGGAGGUGUGCCUGGAGGAGGAAGUUGAAUGUUAACUCACUUAUGCCUGCAGCCACGGGGUCUAAAAAGGAACAUAUGAACAAAGGUCCAUUUAGUCCAACGUUUUGUUCCUGCAGGGGCCAACCAGAUGUGUGUGGAAAGCCUGGAGGCAAGACAUGAGUGCACAAGCAUUCUUCCACUCCUAAUCUCCACUCCAGCCAUUGGUAUACAGAGCCAUAUAGUCUCCCAUAACGGUAGUCACUGAUGAUAGCUUUAUUCUCCAUGGAUUUGUCUAAACUUGUUUUAAAGCUGUCUAAUUUGGUGGCUGUCAUUGCAUGUUGUGCUAGUGAAUUCUAUACUAUGCUCUGUGUGAAGAAGUAUUUCUUUUUUUCUGCCCUCAAUCCUCCCACAUUUAGCUUCAUUGAAUGACCCUCAGUUCUAGUAUUAUUGAGAACAUUCUUCACUCUUCCCUUUCUCCACACCUUGCAGAGUUUUAUGCAUCUUUUAUUAUGCCCCCUCCCCAUUUACUCACAUCCCCCCCCCCAAACUAGAACCCCUCCAAAUGUAAUGUUACAGGAAUGUUUUCCCAGCUCCUUGAUAAUUUCAGUUGCCUUUUGCUGAACUUUCCCAACUUCGCAAUAGCCUUUUUUGAGCUGAGGCAGUAUAUAGUAUAUAGUAUUCCAAGCAUUAUGAUAUUGUCUGUUUCCAACGAUGGAGAGCAUUUGGUAUCGACCUUUGGAGCAGUGAGAUGUUUGCUGAUGGGAAAAGAAGGAGAAAGUGACAGUUUUGACUAAAAAAAAUCUGAUAAUGUGUGGAGAGGAAUAUCUGGUGACUGCCACUAUGUUGACCACCUGAGGUAGGAACCUUGUGUUCAGUACUGGAAAGGAACAGGAUUGCCCUUCCUUCUGGGGAUAUUGUUGCAAAAGUUUCUUUUUAAAAAUGCUACAGUAUGUGUUGGAUCAAGGGAACUCAUCACUAAGAGGGCUUAGGCAGAGAAAAUGUGGAGUAGACUUCUAAUUUCAAAACGCAGGGAAGGGACUUCUACGGUAUAUGUCUGCCAGUUAUGUCAAUGGUAGCAUCAAGAAGAAGCAUUUGAAACUACCAUAGCAUCCAUCCAGGGGUCUGCAAAUUUGGACCCUUUUUGUAUCAUAUUGGCUCAUCCUUUUCAGUUUUUCCUCCAAUGUGCUGGCAUUCUACAAAUAUAUGAGUGGGUUGAUAAAGCAGUUCAGUUCAGUCCAGUCCAGUCGUGUUGAUCAUAAUGAAAGAUCAAGAAACUAUAAAGUACUUGUGUGGCAGUGAUCACAUGUGUUUUACUGUUUGGCCUGACAUCAGCAUCAAGAAUAUUCAUGACAAUCAUGGUCACUCAUGAUACAAUAUGUAAGGAAGGGAUUCAUCUGUACUUCUAACUGGAUGUCAUCCUACUCAGGGCACUGUCAAUAAAAGGAGGCUUACUAUCUCUCCUCCCUGACAAUGAGCCACGUCAAGGGGACAGAGAACAUUCAGGUGGACUGGCUGAGCAGACCACUGCUAAUGCCUGGGCUGUAGCACCUCUGUAGACAGAUAUACAAGAAAAUGUGGCACAAAAUGAAGUGAAACCAUUCACAUCUGACUCAGACCACCAACUCAGAAGAUGCUUCAUCAGAUUCCCAUCCCACAUGGUGGAAGGGAUGGAUGCCUUUCAUCUGACCCCCUUACUUGCAAGUUUGCUAAAGAAAACAUGGCUGGAGAAGACAGAAUUCAUUCUAAUGGUACCUGCAAUGCCUCAGUGCCAUUUUAGCCAAGUCAGCUGUGGUUCUCAGAUAUAUUGUGUCUGGCCAUAGCGCUACCAUGGACUCUGCCAGCACAUCAGGAGCUGCUCAAACAUCCACUCAGUAUGGCUGAACUUGACCAUUUGGAAGACCACCGGGAAAAGACUCACAAAGGGGUGGAUUUCUGGACUAUAAUCCCAGCAUUUUUUGCCUCCCACAAACCAGUCACCCCUGUGGUUCUACCUGGGAGACCUUCUUAUGCUGGUAGAAGAAGAAACACAAAAGCUCUUCCAAAGUGCCACUACCAGAAAUUGUACUGUUCCUACAAGAUGGGUUCAAAUUGGGUCUCAAACCAAACAUGUUGAAAAGACAGGUUUCAGCAUUGUCCUCGAUCCUAUCUAGAUGUUCAUCGGCUCACAUCCUUACCUCAAGCAGUCCGUGAUACAACAUAGGUUCCCAACAUGGGAUCGACAUACUGUCAUGAUGGUCUUACAACACCUACUGUUCAAGCCCCUGAAGAAGGUGCCACUCUGAAUCCUAUUGUUCAAAGUGCUGUUCUUGGUUUCUGUGACCUCAGGAAGACUCAUGUCUGAACUUGGGACCUUGUCCAUCUUAAAAGAAUUGUGUAUAAUCUAUAGAGAUCUUGUAGUAUAAUGGACUGAUGUUAACCUUUAUACCAAAAGUUAACUCCACAUUCCACAGGACCUUAUAGAUCUGACAUCAUCAUCAUCAUUAUUAUUAAAAUUUGAAUACCCUGUUUCAUCUGAAGAUCACAAAGUGGUUCAUAACAUAAAAUACAAAAUGAAUACACAGCAAGCCUCUUCAUUCAUCCCUUUGUGGUAUACUGGAAUGCUAUUCCAUUUCAAAAAAAUGGAAAACUAUGAUUGCCAGCUUCAAGACAAGCAAAGAUCCUGGGGUUCCCCCCCCCCCAAUCAAGUAGACUAUAAGCAAACUGUGGUUUGAAAUUUGUUUUAAGAUUUGGGCUUGUUCCUCAAUUGUAGCCCAGACUUAGAAACUCAAAUAUAUAUGCUAGGUGCCAAAUGAUUCCUUAAGCAAGGGUAACAGUUGCAAAAAUGGAAUGCCUAGUUGCCAUUUUUGGGCAAGACAUUUUCAGUAUGACUUUUUGGUUUCUAAAAUUCAUUCUGAUUGUGCAGAUAAAAUAUAACUGAUAGAAUUCUCCCGAUGGUGGAGAUGUCAGGGGCCAUCCUGGUGACCAGGCUUCUUCACUUGGUCGCAAGUAGUUGAUAGCCAGAUGCGCACAGUGGGGGGGGCAGAGAGUAGGUGGGGGCGGGGCUGGCGCGCAUCCUGGGGGCGUGACGCGCCGCCCGCAGGGGCGUGGCACGUCGCCUGCAGGGGCAUGGCACCCAGUGCGUGGGGCGGGUCAGCCUCAAUGGCACCCCACUGGGAUCGCGCUGCCGGGGGCGGUGUGCUCCCCCUGCACUCCUCUUCCUCUGCCAGUGGAUGCACAUCCGCCUGGCGCCUGGCUAAUUCCUAACACUGCUGUAGCCACAUUUCCCCAUAGACAAGCAUAGAAUUAUUAAUAAUUAGAAUAUCCCUGGUUUAAUCAUAGUUUGCCUGAAGAGCAAAAGCCUUGUUCAUCUUGUGGAUUAUUAAGAUAUGGUUGUCUCAAUGAAGCCAUAGUCAUUUUUUAUAUAUAUAUAUAUAUAUAUAUAUUUAUAAGAUAUUUAUUAAGAUUUUCAGAAUAUUACAAGACAAAAAAAGAAAAAAAGAAAAAUACAAAAUAAAAACAGUUAAAAACAAUUCAUUCCUUCCGUUACUUAGCCUUCAUUUGCUUAUUUCCAGGACCUCCUCACACCUCCCUUUUUUGUAUUCCAAUUCAGUUAUUAGUUCAACAAAUCCCUCCCCUCUUUAUGUAUCCUAAUCGUUAAUCAUAAAAUAUUUGUAAUUUUAGAUUUUUACCUAUUAAUAAACCAUUUUUUUUCAUAUUCCCUUAUAACAUUUCGGCUAAAGACCACUUAGUUUCUAUCCGACAUCAUUCUAACAUUCAUUAAUUUUGCAAUAUUUCUGUAAAUAGUCUUUAAACUUUUUCCAAUCUUCUUCCAUCGAGUCUUCUCCCUGGUCUCGGAUUCUGCCAGUCAUUUCCGCCAAUUCCAUAUAGUCCAUCACCUUCAUCUGCCAUUCUUCCAAGGUGGGUAGAUCUUGUGUCUUCCAAUACUUUGCAAUGAGAAUUCUUGCUGCUGUAGUAGCAUACAUAAAAAAAGUUCUGUCCUUCUUUGGCACCAAUUGGUCGACUAUGCCCAGGAGAAAGGCCUCUGGUUUCUUCAAGAAGGUAUAUUUAAAUACCUUUUUCAAUUCGUUAUAUAUCAUCUCCCAGAAAGCCUUGAUCCUUGGGCAUGUCCACCAAAGGUGAAAGAAUGUACCUUCAUUUUCUUUACAUUUCCAACAUUUAUUAUCGGGCAAAUGGUAGAUUUUUGCAAGCUUGACUGGUGUCAUGUACCACCUGUAUAUCAUUUUCAUAAUAUUCUCUCUUAAGGCAUUACAUGCCGUAAAUUUCAUACCUGUGGUCCACAACUGUUCCCAGUCAGCAAACAUAAUAUUAUGUCCAAGAUCUUGUGCCCAUUUAAUCAUAGCAGAUUUCACCAUUUCAUCCUGAGUAUUCCAUUUCAACAGCAAGUUAUACAUUUUUGACAAAAUCUUAGUUUUGGGUUCUAACAGUUCUGUUUCCAAUUUUGAUUUUUCCACCUGGAAACCAAUUUUCUUAUCCAAAUUAUAUGCCUCCAUUAUCUGAUAAUAAUGAAGCCAGUCUCGCACUUUGUCUUUUAAUUUCUCAAAAUUCUGCAAUUUCAGUUUGUCUCCUUCCUGUUCCAAAAUUUCCCAAUAUUUCGGCCAUUUGGCCUCCAUAUUGAGCCUUUUCUGAGCCUUUGCUUCCAUCGGUGACAACCACCUUGGGGUUUUGUUUUCAAGUAAGUCCUUAUAUCUUAUCCAGACAUUUAACAAUGCUUUCCUGACAAUAUGGUUUUUAAAUGCUUUAUGUGCUUUAACCUUGUCAUACCACAAAUAUGCAUGCCACCCAAAAACAUUAUUAAAACCUUCUAAAUCCAAAAUGUCAGUGUUCUCAAGAAGCAGCCAUUCUUUCAACCAGCAGAAUGCUGCUGAUUCAUAAUAAAGUUUAAGGUCUGGCAGGGCAAAUCCACCUCUAUCCUUUGCAUCGGUUAAUAUUUUAAAUUUUAUUCUGGGCUUCUUGCCCUGCCAGACAAAUCUAGAAAUGUCUCUCUGCCACUUCUUGAAACAGUCCAUCUUGUCCAAGAUUUGCAAUGAUUGAAACAGAAAUAACAUUCUUGGCAAUACAUUCAUCUUUAUAACAGCAAUUCGUCCUAACAAGGAAAGCUUCAGGUUUGACCAUAUCUCUAAAUCCUUUUUCACUUCUGACCAACAUUUCUCAUAAUUGUCUUUAAAUAGGUUUAAAUUCUUAGCAGUCAUGUUAACCCCCAAGUAUUUUACUUUCUUAACCAAUGUUAAACCUGUCUCCUUCUGAAACCUCUCUUUCUCAAUCGGUGUUAAAUUUUUCUCAAGCACCUUAGUUUUUAACUUGUUCAACUUAAAUCCUGCCACAUGACCAAAUUCCUGAAUCAAUUCUAAUACUCUUUUAGUACUAGAUUCUGGCUCCUGUAACGUCAAUACUAAAUCAUCUGCAAAAGCUUUCAAUUUGUACUGUUUAGCUCCGACCUGUAUACCUUUAAUCAGACGGUCCCUUCUGAUCAUAUUUAGCAAAACCUCCAGGACCGAAAUAAACAGCAAUGGGGAAAUUGGGCAGCCUUGUCGUGUCCCUUUAUCUUAAAUUCCUCUGUCACCACAUUGUUAACUAUUAGUUUAGCCUUUUGUUCUGAGUAAAUUGCACUUAUACCAUUUUCAAACCAUUUUAUAAUCUAUGCUGUUUGCAACAGUUUACUUCACAUAAGAAGUGAGUUUUGUUUAGGGAUUUUGUUCUGUAUUUAGCCUGUAAAAGAUGUCAGAAUGUCUCAUAAAGUAUGAUCUGAGAAUAACUGAUCUAUAUAGAUUUGAAUCUGAGGAAGUGUAAAACCAACUGCCUUCACUAAAGUGGUUAAUUUUGAAUAGUGAAAUUGCGUGAGUGUGGCCUGAAUGGCAGGAAUAGGCUGACCCUACAAUUUUAGGGUCUGUUUUUUCUCCCUUUCUGGAAUUCCCAUGAUCCAUUGAUUGGCAUGUAUUUAAAUUUACAAAGCAAAAUUUUUUAAGAUUUCCUCACAGUUAAAACAUAAAUUGAUCCUGAAUAUUCAUUCAGACCAAAGCCAAUCUAGUCCAUCUUUUCUCCCACAGUGGCCAGUUAGGUGCUUUUGAGAAGUUCACAAACAGGAUUUAAUGUUAAUAGCACUCCCCUACUGUUUAUGUCUGGUGUCUGUUAUUGAGGUUCCAUUUGGGGCUAUUAUUGCUAUCAAUAGCCAUUGGUAGGCAUAUUCAGUAAGGAAAAGCAAUUUUUUGAAGUAAUCUUAGGGCUAGAAACACAUUCUGUUCAUCAUGAGCCUCUUCUUCCUUCCAACUCCAAAAUGGAAAUGUGGGGGAGGUUUGUUGAGCCCUGUAGUAUUCUGCCUCCCAACUGUUGAAGCAAAGGAAAAGCAGUUCACUGUCAGCAUAUGACAAUAACAACUGCAAGAAGGAAGGAAUGUGGUGCUUAUGCGUUGUUUUGUAAGUGUCCCAGCAACCAGCAUGCACUAGACCUGGAGUCCCCACCACAAUGGCAGCAGAAACUGCACUAUCAUAAACAUCUCCCUUGGCACCAAGGCCCUCUGCUUUUCCUAAUUUUAAAAAAUGUAGAUGCUUAUUUCUGCAUGGAGCUGAGUAUGUGCCCAACUAACCAUGUUGGGUUAAGCACCUGCUCAUAUAUCUCUGGCACUGAAAUCAACAGGUCUUAAACAUGCUUAACUUUAGCUUGAUAAUGUCCCAAGUUUGUAGCCAGUUCUAUUAGAACUGUCUUUCUUAAAUGGAAUGAGAAGGCAUGUGUGUAGAUAAUCCUAGCUACUGAAAAGUGGUUGUGUUACUAAUUAGGCAGAAUGCCUGUCCAUAUUACUGGACAGUGCUGCAUAAACAUAAACCUGCAUGUCCACAUGCUAAGUAUCUUGAUAAUACUUUUUUGUGAACUGAAAAUAAUUGCUUUGGGAUCUGCCAAGAAUACCUAAAAAGUCUGGAAAACCCUUGGUUGCUGAUAACCUAUUGUAAUGGUUCUAGGGGUUGCUCGUGCGUAAGCCAGUGCAAACACCUGGCUGGAUUGCCUGAGUGAACCUUUUCUGUCCGGACAGCCACUCACUCGUGGCUGUCUCAAUCGUUGGCAGAAUCCGUCAGUGGGCGUUUCUUAAACUUCUUCCAGCAAAGAAGCUCUUUGACGCCUAGUUGCCUCCUACUCUCUCUGCGCGGAACCCUUCUGCGCAAGGAGGGCGUAGGCAGCGGAGGACCUCUACUCUCCCCACUCGUCCCCGGCAAGGAGUCAUGGGACCGCCUCGCCGCUUCCCCCAUCUGCCCCCCUUCUCCACUGGUGCUACGCUGAUUCUCUUCCCCAGAGGAUGGGCUGCCUCUCCCAAUCCCGGGACGCUCUCCGGAAUCCCUCUGGAUUUUGCUCUCUCCCUCCGGCACUGAUGGCAGUUCCCUGACACCUAUGUACAAAUACUUUUUAAUAUAUUGUCAGGAUGCUUUUUUCUGGUGUGUGUGCUGUGCAAUACUUGGGAAGCCCAAGAAUCUCAAUGAUACUGUGUAGUCAAUGUGCGUGAAAGAGGAAAAAGAAAAUUUUGUUUUAGAGCAAGGUUAGGAAACAUGAUCCGGCCAGUGAGCGAGAUGCUUACCUCUCCUUUCACAUGCAGGCCACCUGUAAAUCACUUGACAUCAUUGCAUAAUCUGUUAAAAGUUCAAAGGAGUUUUGUACAAUUGUCAAUCUGUUGUUUGGUGGUUAUAGCAACCCCCUUUGAAGCUGUGCUUUCAGCACCAGUCAUCUGUAGGCCUGGGCGAAAUAUCGAUAUAUUGUCCAAAACCGGUUUGAAGUCCAUUUCGUGAUAUCUGUUUCAUAAUUUUUGACCUGGCAAUAUAUCGUGAAUCAUGGUAUGUGACUGUGUGCCAUGCAAAAAAUACAGUGGGAAAAAUGUUGAAGCCAGCCAAAGCUUCUCUUGAUUCCUGCAGCCCCUGUUAACUCUGCCGACUCAGCUCUCCCCUGCCUCAUGCAGGGGGCAGUGAAUCACAAGAACAAGUGCUGGCAAAAAUCACAAUGCAGGAGAAACCUUGAAGUCAGCCAAUGCCUCUACAUCCUUAUUUUGGACAUCAUGAUAUGUUGGUAUAUCACGAUGUUUAACUGAUGGUAUAUCACAAUGUUGAAAACCAGAUACCGCCCAGCCGGGAGCGCACUUUCAAAGAGGGUCCCUGUAAACGUCAGUUAGCUCAUCCUUGGUUAAAGAGAGAUGUAAUGAGUCCCUAGGACACUUCCUGGAGAUGGUGGUCUGAUGCAGAGGAGGAAUGGGGUGGUUUUGGGGGAGUCUGAUCUGGCGAGAGCUCUAGUGGGUAGGGGUUUAUGGUUAUGGCCACCAAGACAUGGAUGAUGUAGGGGAAGGUCCUAGUGGCAUUGGAUGGGGGGAGAUUUGGAUCUCCAGGAGGGCUUGAAUGAAUUAUCUGUGGGUCUUCUGGGUGCUUCUGUACCUGCGAGAGAACUGGCUAGAGAGCCCUUUCCUUUCAGGGAGAAGCCUUCCCCCUAGGAGAGGUACCUAGGUAGUUAAGCUACUUUUGGCAUCUCAAUCUCAAAGGACACAGUGACGCCAGUAGUGGUGCAAGCUGACACUGCAUGUUUGGCCAACUCAGAGGAGUGCCUAGCCGGCACAGUGUGGAGUGUACGUUGCUUGUUGAAUCAGCAGCUUAGCAAUGCCUGGUCAUAUAACUUAAAGCUCUGUUGUGCCUUAUUUUGUCACCUGUAGACCUAUGUUUGGGCAGUGUGCUGAAUUCCUGAAUAAAACCUGGUUGUGGUGAAAGCUCAAGUUCUGAAUUUGAUGAGUGGAGCCAGGACAGGAGGCGCCUUAAAGUAUCUGCAGGGGGGGGGAGAGAAUGUUCCUAAAAUGGAGCAUUUUUGCCUUUCUGGAAAAAACUUCAUAUAGCUUCCUCUGGAAAGAAAAGAAAACCCUCAUUUUUUCUUUCUUUCCAGGGGAAGCUGUUUGCAUUCAAAGCAUUGGAGGAAGCACUUUGAAUACAAACUGCUUUCUGUGCAGCUGAUCUCAGAUGAUGGUUGGGAUUUCAGCUGUGCAAGGUUCUUUUCAGGCUCCUACUAUCAGCUGAUCCUUGGUGCCUGCAGAGAGUCUUUGAAGCACUGACAAUCAGCUGAUAGUUGAGGCUUCAAAGUUCUCUGCAAAUCCCUUUUGACACAGCUGCAACUUUGCCUGCCCCAGUGGUUUUAGUAGGCGUAACUCAAAUAUGUUGGAGAAAUUGCAGUCAUAAAGGUGCAUACUGUGGUAGGAUUAGGAAAGCUUGUUAGUGGCAUGCUGUCUGUUAGAGGUUUCUCAGAAAAUAGUUCAGAUAUUGAAAUAAAACAUUGAGCUUACCCCUCAAUUAUGUCUAUUAAGUAUAUAUGAGCAUAGCAAUUCAGACAUUAAGAGAGUUACUAAUAUUUCUAAUAGCAUCCUACCGAUAGUUCAAAAAUAGAAGAAUAUGGAAUGCCUGGACUUGUCAAUGUUGUAUCACAAUGUAUGGGAUGUAGCCAUUGUGGACAAACUAACACAUCAGUUAUGAGUAGUUGGGAGCAAGGAAACUCUAGAUUAGUUUUUUGCUAUUUUCACACCACACCAAACAAUAAUAUGCCCCUUCCUCGGUGAAAACUUGAUCUGGAUGUUGCAUUAAGUGUCUUUUAAGAAACAGAUACUCAGGACUCUUUCAUAAUACAGUUUCUCCUUGUUUCCAGGACCAGCGGGUCUGGACGGAGCAGGGCCGGAGAUGAGUGAUUAGUGAAUUAUAAACAUUUUUAUUUGAAUGUAUGAGGAAUGGAUAUUUUGUACCUAUACUGUAUGCAUAUUGUUGAUUUUAUGCUUUAUUAGGUGGCAACAUGUCCACCAUCUUUGUCUGUUUUUUAAAAUGUAGAUUUAUUAAUAAAAUUGGGAAAUGACUUAGGAAAUAAAGUGGAAAAGAAAAUUAAAUACUUAGGAGUUUGGAUUGCAUCUAAAAAUCUGAACUUAUUUCAAGAUAACUAUAAAAGUGUGUGGACCGAAAUUAAAAAAGACUUUAAAAAAUGGGAGCAAAUGAAUCUGUCAUUUUUGGGUAGAAUAUCUGUAAUUAAAAUGAAUGUUCUCUCCAAAAUGAUAUUUUUAUUUCAAUCAUUACCGGUAAUAUCCAACUCCAAUUGCUUUACACAAUGGAAAAAAGACAUACUAAACUUUCUAUGGCAAAAGAAAAUAACAAAGAUUAAAUAUAAAAUACUAACAGAUGAAAAACAUGAAGGGGGGGGUUUGCUUUCCCAGAUUUGAAAUUAUAUUAUGAAGCAACCUGUUUAAGAUGGAUGAAAGAGUGGAUCAAAUUGAAGGGUGUAAAUAUACUGGUGCUGAUCUGAUCUAUGGGUGGCACGUGUAUAAAGGUAAAGGACCCCUGACCAUUAGGUGCAGUCAUGACUGACUCUGGGGUUGCGGCGCUCAUCUUGCUUUAUUGGCGGACCGGUCAUGUACAGCUUCUGGGUCAUGUGGCCAGCAUGACUAAGCCGCUUCUGGCGAACCAGAGCAGCGCAUGGAAACGCUGUUUACCUUCCCGCUGGAGCGGUACCUAUUUAUCUACUUGCACUUUGACGUGCUUUCGAACUGCUAGGUUGGCAGGAGCAGGGACUGAGCAACGGGAGCUCACUUCGUCGUGGGGAUUUGAACCGCCGACCUUCUGAUCGGCAAGCCCUAGGCUCUGUGGCUUAACCCACAGCGACACCCACAUCCCUAUCUCUGGUAUAAGAAAACUAGGGUUCACAAGGGAUUUUUAAAUCAUGUGUCUGUCUAAGGUCUGGAUGAGGCAUAAAUAUAUUUUAGAAAGUAACACUCCUGGUUGGUGAAAGCGGUUGCAGUAAAAAAGGAUAAAUAUGGAUAUGAUCUGGGAAAUGGACAAAGACCUUCUUGAAUAUAAAAUGGCAACAUAAAACUAAGAGAUACGGAGGAGGUGUCAAAAUUGGAUACUACUGGUUUCAAUACUUCCAAACAAAGCAGAUUUUUAAAAAAGAUGAAAACGAUUUGUACAAGAAGAAUCAAAAUGUGAAAAAGUGAUUUUAGGGUCUAACAAAAAAAAAAAUCUCUAAAAUAUAUAAACUAUUGCUAGAAAGGGAGACUAAAGAUGAACUUAUAAAGGAGGCAAUAACAAAAUGGGCUAUUGAUAUUAGGCAUAUUAUUGAAAUUGCUGAGUGGGGAAAAAUAUGGAAUUCAAUAAUGAACUCUGCAUGAUUAUAUAAAAGAAAAUAUGCCAAAAAAAUACAAUAUAGAUGGUAUUUGACACCAAUCAAACUGACUAUAGUGUAUAAAAGAAGCUCAAAACUAUGCUGUAAAUGUCUAGAAGUAGAGGGUACAUUUAUUCAUUUAUGGUGUAAAUGUAAAUGAGCAAAUGAAUUUUGGGAGAUGGUGUACAACAAGUUAAAAAAUAUAUUUAAAUUCACAUUUCCCAAGAAACCGGAAGCACUCCCUCUAGGCAUACUUGGGAAUGAGUUACCAAAGAAGGCUCACAGCCUAUUUCUAUAUGCAGCAACAGCUGUGAGGAUAGUAUAGGCAAGAUACUGGAAACAAAGAGAGACCCCAGGGAAAGAACAAUGGCUAAAUAAAUUAACUGAAUAUGCAGAGCUUGCCAGUAUGACAUCCAAAAUAAGAAAUCAAGAUGACAAAAAGAUGAGGAGUGAGUGAGAAUAUCUAGGGGAAUAUUUACAAAAAAAAUGUCCUCAAAUAUAAAUUCCAGGUAGGGGAUACUUUGUGACCAACAGUAGACAAUAUAAAAGAUACUAAAGUGUGGAAAAUAAGAUGAAAGAAUUGAUGCAUAUGCAGCUGAGCAAGAAUUAAAAAGAACUGUCAUGGAAUGCUGAGUGGGACGUCGAAAAGAACUACUGUAUAAGAAUGGAAAAUGGUGUAAUUGUAAAACUGAAAACAAAAAAAGGAUGAGUUCUUUCCAGCACAGAGUUUCUGUUUGAGUGCUUCUGCAAUGUUAACCUUUCAGUAUUGAUUUUAUUUUUUCAGUGCUCUGCAUAUUUAAAAGAAUAUGUUUCUCAAAGAAGCAACCCAGUUGAGUUCAGGUUAUUUUCAUAGUUGGCCAAUAUACUCUGUUGUAACUAACACUGAAAAACAAUAAGGGAGCCCAAAUCUUACUGAUAUUCUGCCAAAUAUAAUGUAAGAACUUUUGUCUUUUUGUGUUCUUAACCCUGAUGCUACCAAUAACCUGAAUGCCAAAUCUUCAAAGUCUUCAGAGAGAAGAAGCUAAAAGGAGAACUGGAUAGGAAUGCUUUUAUCUGCAGAAAAGUAGAAAUGUGUUACAGUGGGCAUCAUGUGUCCCAGAUCUCUGACUUUGCACAGCAAUGUCCUUUUUUUAUCAGGAUCUCACCUGAAUAGCACUUUACAGGUUUUAGCCAGAUACUCAAGAUUUAUUGCAGUAGUUUCAGUAAAAUCAGUAGAUCAAUAUUCAUUGGAACAGUAUAAGCAAUAAUAAAUAUGCCAGCUUAUAUUUCUCCAUCUUAUGAAAAUAGAAAACUGCAAAAAUAAAAUAUAUAUAUUGUGGAACAAAUAAGUAGUUGGAAUACUCUUUUUAAUAAGGAAAAAAGCUAUCUCUCAUAACACAGUUUUCUAUAUGGACAUAUACCUUGUGUGAUAUUUUCUUUUGUAAUAGAUUUUUCCAUAUUAACUGUCUCACUUUUUGUAUAUUCCAGGAGACAAAGAUGGCAGCAAAGUGACCACAGUGGUAGCAACUCCUGGACAGGGUCCAGACAGGCCUCAAGAAGUUAGUUACACAGACACCAAAGUGAUUGGAAAUGGAUCUUUUGGUGUUGUAUAUCAAGCCAAACUCUGUGAUUCAGGAGAACUGGUUGCCAUUAAGAAAGUUCUGCAAGACAAGAGGUUUAAGGUAAGAAGUAAGAAAAGUUAAGAACAUUCAUGCCACUACUUAUUCUGUUCUUAUGAGUCAGUCCUUGAUGAAUGAUGUUUCCCUAGGGAGUAUAUUGUGAGCAUUGACACUGUAGUCUUAUGAUUGUAUUUUUGUGCAGGAUAUAUAGGAAGGAAGCUGGAAAUUCUGCCUUUGAACUGUAAUGCAUUUCUUUUGACCUUGUAGUGAUGUGAUGACAUCUCAACAAUCAGGUGGAAAGAAAACUACUUUCUUAGUCAUUUCAUUUUUAAAACUUCAAAUUUUUCCAAUAUAUUAAGGUUGGACUGCUUCCUUUAGGCAUGCUCACCCCUGGGUAGUUGGAGAUUUCCCCUGGGGCAGUCUAUUUCUUGCUGGGAGGGUGUCUGGAUGAACCAGCAGAAUGUGAUUCUAUUGUGCCCAGUCUUUUUAUCUGUUGCCACCAGACACUUCUCCCAUCGAGAAAUUGGAGAUUGCUCCAGCAUCUCUGAUCAGCAGUGGCUAAAGGACUCAACAGCUCCCUCACUAUGCCAGCCUUCAGACCAACUACCAAGUAAUAAUACAUUGAGCCAGUGGGAGAUUUGCCCCUGUCACUGCUUCCCAGGGAUGGAUGAGAAUCUGGCUUUACAUAGAAGCAGCUGAGUCACUCAACUGCUUAUGAACCACACAGCUGGUGCAGUACACCUCUGCUGAGCAGAUCAGCCUCCAUCCAAGUCAAUAACAGGGAUGAGCCCCAUGACGCAGAGUGAAGCAACACGGAGGCAUUUAAAUUUCUGGUGAUACUGCUGCACAGGGAAGGGGCAAGAAAAAGAUGGUGGUUUCAGUCAAAGUUCCUGACCCCUUAUAGCUCACCUGGUCCUUAGAAAGGGAUCAGAACCAGCUAUUAACUGGCCAAAAGAGUGUGAAGGGACAAAGGGAACCUGGGCUUUAGCUUACAACUCAGUGCUUUCCCCAGGCAUCCUGAGUGACAGAAGUAAGGACCUGGACAACUCAUACACCUACAAACAGAAGACCAAAGUUUGGGAUUCACUAUGUCCUUAACCCUUCACUUAUUAGAAAAUAAGCUUCAUUGGUGUGCGGGGUCUGGAAGAGUCUUGGUCACUUCCUGAAGUAAAGGAGGGACAAAAAGAUUCAGUGGGGGGGAAUCAGGCUCUGCGAUGUAAUAUGAGCAAUCAAAAUUAAAAUUAACUCCAAGCAAGAAUAGACUGUUUUGUAUUUUAUUGUGGGGUGCUGUAGGGUUUUAUUGUGGAGGGUUUUGAGGUCUGCCUCCUCUCCUUGCUUGACCCAACAACCUCCAAAGCAAAUACCAUAUUUUUCGCUCCAUAAGACACACUUUUUCCCUCCUAAAAAGUAAGGGGAAAUGCCUGUGCGUCUUAUGGAGCGAAUGUGUGUUCCCUGGAGCCGCAUUGCCCAGGGGCGAAAAGCAGGUCUUGCUUUUUUUUUUUUUUUUAAAGAGGGAAGGGGGGUGUUGAAAGGAAGCUGCUGAGCAGCUGAUCGGCAAGCGAUCAGGAUGGAGAUAAGGCUGCGGGUAAAGGAGGUUGCCGGGGGGGGGGGCGUAAAGACCGCAAACUUGCAAGGAGAGGAGACAGGAAUACUAAAACAAGCAACGAGGAGAGAAAUUAGAAGAAAAGGAGGAGCAAAAAACUGCUCCAGCUAAGGAAGAGAUGCUAAAGCAAACAAGAGGGAAGGGGGUGUUGAAACGAAGCCACUGAGCAGCUGAUCGGCAAGCGAUCAGAAGGGAGAUAAGGGAUGUUAGCGAUAAAGGAGGCUGCCUGGGAGGGGGGGAGGUAACAGCUCGUGGAUCCUCGGGAUUUUUGCAUUGGGUCACCUCAAAUUCACUAUCAGAUCACAUAUCAUGUCCAUGGCUACAGCCUGCACCAAAAAAACCAUGCAUCCACUGUUUCAUGGGGCCACAGUGGUGCAAAAAUGUGGUUACAAAGCACAGAUCCAGAUGGAUUCUCAGGAUUUUUGCAUUGGGUCACCCCAAAUUCACCAUCAGAUCACAUAUCAUGUCUGUGGCCACAGCAUUAACCACAAAAAUCACACAUCCACUGUUCACUCAGAAUUUUUUUUUUCCUUGUUUUCCUCCUCUAAAAACUAGGUGCAUCUUAUGGUCAGGUGUGUCUUAUGGAGUGAAAAAUACGGUACCAGGUUCAGGAGAGAUGUUUUCUUUGGAACUGCAACAGAGGAGGAAAUCCCUUCUUGGUUUCUGCUCAGAUCCUGUUAAUUAUCAGCCUUCCUUGGCUUUGAAGUUUGCGUUUAAAAAACCAAUCCUGUAGGCUAGAUAGGAAGAUGUGUUUAAUGUUACAUGUAAUUUGGCCCUGAAGUGGAUUUGAAAAUUAUUUGUUGAAAGAGAUCAGGGAAGUGGGAUACAUGGAAUUAUUCUCAUUUUAUCCUUGUACAGCCAUAUGAAGUAGGCUAAUCUGCAUGAUAAUGACUUGUUCAAAGCUACUGAGCUACCUUCAUAGUUAAGCAGGGAUUUAAACCUAGGUUCUCCUGAGGCCCAAAUGAACAGUCUAAUAGCUAUUUUACUAUUCUGGCUCACUAAUAUGGGUUCCGAAAGUUUCAUCUGAUGACCAGCGUACAUGCAGACUCAAGUAAAUGUGUUGUUGCAUGGAGUACCAAGAAGAUAUUGAGGAACCAGCUUACUUUAAUUGGAAUUGACCUAGUUGUGUCCAUUUGAUUGUCUACCAAACACAUAUGAAUAUUUUUUAUAAAUGGAGGUAGUGUGGAAUGUUCUUCUGACUGAUACUUUUGCUCAGGUCCAGGUUGUUCCUGGAAGUGGGCUUUGUGAAGGUACUUCUUUUUUAACCGUCUGAAAUGUUAAUUAGCUAUAACUAGUUUAAAUGGGCUAAGAGAGAGUAAUAGGUCUCUGAAAUGGAAGGAUGAGCUGGUGCAGAGAAACAGCCUGAAAAAUAAGUAACAGGUAAUCUUUUUAUGUCAAGAGACACCUUUUUGCUUUUGAAUUUGGAAGUAAGGAUAUUGCUUUGGAGCAGGAGAGAGUCCUCUAAUGUUGGGCUUUAAGGCUUUAGGAAUAGCUUUAACUUGCCUAUCUGCCCCCAAACUAAAGCUGGGGUCCCUAGAUAGAUACUCAAAGGUAUCGUGGUGCCCACCAAAGCCUUGUGCCCCUUCAGUUUUUAAAUUUUAUUUGUGUGUUUUGGUUGGGGUUGUUUGCUUGUUCCAUGGAUUUGGCCUGUUGUAUUUUUUUCUGUGAUGGUGGUGGGGGUCCCUGAGUACACCAGUCUUUUCUGUAAAAUUGGUGCUUCACUGUUGUGAACUUUCCUUAGAUUUUCAAAUGUGCCCUCAGGCCCCCCACAGUGGUAGAGUCCUGAACUAGAGAAUGACAGAGAUUGUAGACUGAGUUUUACUGUCCCAGAGUCAAUGCUAGUUUCGGGUGUAGCCUUACUUCUGUAGUGAAUUAAAGUGCAAAAUUAGAUGAAUUAUGCACAAUGGUGUGUGACACUGUCUAAGAUUCAUAAGCUUUUCUGAAAAGCAAAAUAUAGGUUAGCCAUGCUGAAAUGUUCUUGAAUCCUUUCCUCAUGCCUUCCACAUACUAACGUAGUUUGACAAAUGGAGCACAGUGGGCAGUUACUAGAAAGAAUUCCUUUUUAGUAGUCACACCCCAGUUGUGGAAUGCCUUCAUCAGAUACGAUCACUUGACACUUACUUGGGGGGUCUGUUCAGUGCCAGAGAAAUACCAUUUUAGUUCCCCAGACCAUUUAGUCUUAAUUAUUUUAGUGUGUUUAAAAUUCUUUGCACUAAUGUAAUAUUCUGUUUGGUUCUGUCUCAUUUUUCAUGUUUCUAUUUUACUUCUUGAAGUUUUCGGUUUUUACAGUUAACUGUCCAGAAAAACUUGGUUAUUGGGAAGUAUAUAAAUAUUGUAAAUAAACGAUUGUGUUUUAAUGAGAGAUAAUUUAUAACAAAACAAAUGAGUUUAAACUCUUACGUAUGAAAUUAAUCUCCCUGCUGAAAUAUGAGGAGCUUCACUGGCAUACUGCUGACUUGUGAAGACCCACCUGUUUAGAGAAGCAUUACCCUCAAUUCCUGGCUUGAUCUAUUUGUUGUAAUUUCUGUUUUAACUGUUACUCUAUUUUAAUUGUCUUAAAAUGUACCAUUCUAAAUGUUUCGAUAAAAUUAUAUUACUGUUAAUAUUAAUAAUAUAUUUUUAUACUUGGCUGUAUACUUGCAAACCAUUUAGAAGCCAUUUUGACAAGUGAGCAGUAUAUAAAUAAAUUAAUGCAAAGAUUGUGUGCCUUUGUAAUAUCUGCCAAAUAUUAUUCUCUUUUUCAGAAUCGAGAGCUUCAAAUCAUGAGAAAGCUCGAUCAUUGUAACAUUGUCAGAUUGCGCUAUUUCUUUUACUCCAGUGGAGAGAAGGUACGUUUUGAGAGGCAUGCAGGAAGCAAAUCAUUUGGGUUUGUGAGAUGGUAGCAGCUGAGCAGUGGAAUCAGCAGUUGCUGGCAAACUUCAGGCAGUUGUGCAUCCUCCUCCUCCUCAUUCUUGUCACCAUCCUACAAAAGUAGCCCUCAAAGUCAGAAGGUGGAGGAGUGAACCAGCAGUGGCAAGGAGGAGGAAUUUAAUGAGAACUUGAGCUGGCAUCUUCAGCACCCUCUUCUGGACAGGGAGACCACAUUAAUAGAAUCUUUUAUAAAGAAAGUAAGAGAAAGAUAUAGAGAAGCUAAAUCAGAUGAAUAAUUGGUUAGAGAGACUCUGGUCAGGAGCUGUAGCAUGUGGCAGGGUGGGGCAGUAGUGCUCAUCUGAUCUUUGGUUGCCCACAUCAUUGCUGCAUAAUGGGACGCAGGGGGGGCGGGGGGGGAGCAAGACAUGCCCAGCAAAGGCAACCCACCACUUCUGCCAGUGCUUUUGCUCCACGCCAUCUUUGCCGCUGCCUGUCCCCUCCCUCUCACCCUCCCAGUGUGCAACAGUGACAUCGGAGGCUAGAGCACCAGUGCCCCACCCUGCCUUCUGCUACUAUAUGCUGAUCAUUUGGAACGCAUAUGCCUACAGAGGCAGUAUUUUAACUGUACCCUGUAAAAUCUCAAAUGUGCAAAAUAUAAUUGCAAAUGGCACUCAUUGGGAAGGAACUGUUACAACCACGUGCCUCAUUUAGGACACAUUUUGCAGUUUCUAAAUUUAUUGGUUUCUUCUUUCCAGUCUUCCCAUGCCAUGCUUCAUGGUACCUAGUUCUCAUAAACACAUCGUCCAGAAAGCCUGCCCUUCAAUCUGUUACUAGUACUUGAAGAUACCAUGACACCAUAUACUUGCAUAUGUUUUAAAUACAGUUCCUUUUAAACAGAUGAAUACCUUUUUCAAGGGGUUGAAAUAUGGGUCAAAGUAAUCCUACUACUUGCCUGGCCUCAUUUGCACUGAAAAAAUGUAAUCAGCAUGAUAUGGCAUUUACAGACAUGGUUGUCUUGUGCUACAAAAGUUAAUGCAUUUACUGGUAUAUAGUCUAUGGAUGUAAACAAGAUUGUGUUAAAAAAAUAUAUGGUUUCCCUCCUGUAAAAAGCGCCAAAAAAAAUACCAUACUUCUGGUUUCAUAUAAUCUUUCUUCUUUCAUCCCUGUCUUUUUCCUUUUUCCCAUUUCCAGAAAGAUGAGGUAUACCUUAAUUUGGUUCUGGACUAUGUUCCUGAAACAGUAUACAGAGUUGCCAGGCAUUAUAGUCGGGCCAAGCAGACACUCCCGAUGAUAUUUGUGAAGGUAGGUAAAAUGAAACGAUAACCUAGAUGGUUGGUUGCUUGGUUGUUACAUCAGACAUAGGGCAGCAAUCAGGUUUAGAUGUCCAUAGGUAGAAAUGGGUCUGCUAAUGCCCUUUGUUUCUUUCUAAUGGCGGCCUCUUGCACAUUGUGUAGUUUUGCUCUGGAGAGCUCCUUGGCAAUGGAAACACUUGGCUGGGGAGCGUGCUGCUACUGCAAAGGGGAAGCUCAGGUGUGCCAUACGACUGCCCUGUUCUUGAAAGGAAGUGCAGGCUUGUCUGAGUGAGGGUUGAUUUAGACAUGCUGUCAUAUCUACAUGAGAUUUCAUAGAAUACUUUUUUCAAGGGGUAUUGCACAUGGUGAGGGAAGUGUACAGAUGAUACUCGUAUGUUUUUAUUUAUGCAGACGGUUGGGCUAGAGGACCCUUCUGGUCCUUUCCAACUCUACAAUUCUAUGAUUCUGUUAGGUUGCUAGGGGUUACUACCCCUGCUUUCCAGCCCAUCUCCCACCUGCCAACCCCUUUCCCCCUCCCUAUACACCUUACCAAACUUUUAUGUAGUCCCCCCCUCCUUGCUGCAUUUUAAAAUACAAGCUUCUCUUUAUCACAGCAACAGCUGUGGCGGCGGCAGCCAUGUUGGGGAGGGAAGAGGAGACUUUAUCUCCUUUGUUCCCCUUAAUUUUGCAAGCAGUGGCAGCAACAAAGGGUUUAUGGGAAGGUUGGAAAAUUAAGCCCAACACUGAUUCUUUCAAACUCCAAUCAGAAAGGAGCGGUGCAGGGCUGCUCUCCCUUUUCCAUCUCAGUCUGCUGCAGUUGUGAAGCUGAAGGCUGGCUUAGCCAGUCUACUUGUCUGGCAUGCCGAUACCCUCGUUGGCCUGGGCCAGGGAUGUCCUGCCUCUGUCUUCCUCCUCUGCCUCCGAGCUGCUGUGAUGGCCGAGUAGCUUUGAGAGUCUAGUUGAGGCAUGUCCAAAGUCCGUUUCAGGGGCCUAAUCCGUCCCGUCGGUCGGUUUAAUCCGGCCCCUGUGGCAGUUUUUCCUGGGGUAAAAUAAUAAAAAAGGUUAACAACUUUGGUUGGCCCUUUGGUCAGCCUUCACGGCCCUUCAUGUCAUCAAAUCUGGCCCUCUUUGAAAAAAGUGGUGGCCCCAUGAACUGCAGCAUGAGGACAUUCUUACAAUUUUAUUACUUAUAUAGGUAUGCAACCCAUAUGCCAAAAUGGCUUCCAUUUGCCAUAUCCAGUGGGUUUCCAGCUUAUAUAGCAAAGUGCCAAAAAACUAGAAAGGCUGAUUCUUGCAAUAUUUUGGAAGUACUGAUAAAAAAAACAAAAACGACAAGGACUGUUUUAGAUAUUGAGCAGAAAUAGCUUUGUUGAUUCUCUUCUGAUGAAUAGCUUCUGCUUGACAUGUCCUGGCAUGUGUUUGGACAAUAAAUUAAUUGAAAUAUCUUUAGCACUUGCGUUUUUAAUAGCACGCCAUUAGCGUUACUGUUGCCUAUAACUCUUACAGUACACGGUUCUUAGUUCAGAAGCUGGAUUAAUGCAGCCUGCUCCUCACUUGGCCUUCCUGUCUGCUGUGACUGAGGCGUCAUAGCCUUCACCUUUUCCCUGGGCAGUUCCUUAUAAAGAGCAGAUUCCAGUCCUCUGCCCCAAUGACCCAGAUGUAAUAAAAUUGCUUCAAAUUUAGUAAGUAGUCUAAUAGAGGUGAACAAACUGGAGAAAGACACUGCUGCCACCCCCCCACCCCAGAUCCUCAGUGUGUUUAAAGGGUGUGGAUUAUGUGUAGAUAGUAGAACAGAAAGAGUUAGAUUAAAAACCAGCAAAAUCCAUAGAUCUUUUUAUUGUAACAUAUUCUGUUCUACUGUCCCCUUCUUAUGAGCCAUUCCAGUAAUAAAACAAAGCUGUUAUAUUAGAAAUGUGGUGUAAUAUAAUGAUAAUGCAGAAGGACCCACCUCUUGUUUAUUUUAUGUUAGUAAAAAAAGGUAAAGCAAGAUGAUGAUGAUGAUGAUGAUGAUGAUGAUGAUGAUAAUAAUACGCCAUCUGGCUGGGUUUCCCCAGCCACUCUGGGCAGCUUCCAACAAAGAUAAAAAAUACAUUAAAAUGUCACACGUUAAAAACUUCCCUGAACAGGGCUACCUUCAGAUGUCUUCUAAAUCUCAGAUAAUGUCAGAUAAGCGAUUCCACAUUUGAGUUCUUAAAUGCUCUCAGGUAGAUGCCAUCUAGACUUGGUGGCAAAGAAGAGGCUGCAGGAUCAGGCCAAUGGCUCAUCCAGUCCAGUAUCCUGUUCUCAUAGUGGCCAACCAGAGGCCUGUGGGAAACCUACAGGCAAGACUUCAGCACAAGAUUGGACAAGAUAAUAUGUUACGAUAGUUUUUACUUGGUCAGUAAGGCCUAGAACAAGGAUGGGGAACCCUUUUGGCUCAGCAGGCCAGAUAGUUAUCUCCCCUCCUCCCCCCGCCCCGGCUAACUUUGACAGAUGUUUGGUACCAUCCACCUGUCAGUCAGGGUGCCUCACGGGUUUGGGAGAAAGGCUCUUCUCUGCCAACAUAUUGCCCACAGGGAACAUGCUGGCAAAGCAGCACUCAGCAGAAUUGAACCCUGCCCAUCACCCAGUGGCAUCAGCUGUUUAACAGGUAUGCCUGGUUUGGAGGAAAUGGUUUGGCUCAUUGGCCAGAAGUACAAGGACUUUGGCCCUUGUCUCUACAAUUUGCCUCAGUUCCUCAGUUUCUUCAAAAGUUCAGGUGUAUGGAGUCGCCCUUUAUCUUCCAUUGUAAAGACAGAUGCAGAUAAGUCAUUCAGUUUCUUCUCACUCUGCUUUUCCUCCUUUUGCACAACUUUAACUCUUUUCAUCCUAUGAUCCAGCCGGUUCCCUGGCCAGUCUCUUGCUACUCAUGUAUUUAAAGAUUUUUGUCGUUGUUUAUUCUAUUUUUAGCAACGUACUGCUCAGUCUUUUAUUUUAUUUAUGUAUCCUUUGUUGUCUGCUUAAAUUUCUUUUUGCUAAAAGAGGAAGUUUCCAUUUCUGGAGUUAAACGUGACUGAGUUUGAUUUUCUUGGCAGUUGUCCACUUACAUAUAUGUUGAAUUUGUUUGUACUGUGGUCACUUUUCCUGGCCGGUUUCAAAAGCACAGCUUGCACUAGCUUCUGUGUGUCUGCAUGCCACUUAAAAUUAAGUUCAGGGCUGACUUCCUUCUGGUUGGUUCCAUGACCAGCUAAUCUAUGGCUCAGUUUUUAAGGAUAUUUAGACAUUUUCCCUCUUCGUCAUGCCUGGAAUUAUCCUCUAUGUGAGAAUAAUUGAAGCCACCCAUUAGUAGAUGAAAUUUAAAUUCAAAUAUCAGGAUUUAAAUACAACAUAAAUAUAAUAUAAAUACAAAUAAAAUAUAAAUUUAAAUAUCAGGAUGGAAUGGUUCCAUAGAGUUCAGAAGUUGCAAUUAUGGAUUUGAGUAAAACUUAAACAAGCUUAUUGUAUACCUACCUCUUUCAUUUCUCUCUUAUAUUUUAAUGGUAGUAGAUCUUGCACCCGUUUCACAUUUAGGACAGAUAAAAUAAAAAUCAGAGAAUUAGUUAGGAAUUUGAAAAGGGGAUGGAUUUAGAUCAUUUUAGGUCCCUGGUUUAGUCACUAGUCUGCUUCCCACUUGCUGACUGCAAAAAUAGAGUAUGCAACUCUCCUUGGAGAUCUUUGGAUGCUCUUGGUGUGGCUUGAGCCAAACGGCUUUUCUUCCCUGUGUCUCCACAGGUAACAAACAACUAAUAAGUCUAAUUGGUAAGAAAUAUUGUCCCAUAGCUCUGGAAGAGAGUGAAAGACCCCUCCUAUUAAUGAGGCAGGGUAUUUGUGGGGACUCCAAUAAGUUUUUUUAAAUGUAUUUUGACCCAGUUCUCAGAUGACUAUCCCCACAGUAGAACUCCAUAAAAGAGCUGAGCUCUGUAACUUAAUUGUGUGAGAGAGCUCACCCUUCGUAAUGCCUCUCUCACUUGUAUUCACUUUCUGGACAUCAUAGAGUCUAUACGUGGUCCAGGAAAUACUGUAUAGAACAGUAACCCAAGGUAUUUAAUACUCUUUACCUGUUCUGGAGUUUGACCAUCCAAUAACCAUCCUUUUGUGUAGACUUCUUUUCAGAGACUAAGAUGGAGCAGUCUUUUAUCAACAAUGACAUUACUCAGUUGCAGCCAUAGCUUGUCUCUGGGGGAGCAAAUCAAAUGCUGCCAUAGAACCUGAAAUAUAACUUGUUCAUAAUAGAUACUAAGCUAAUUGUUCUAUAAUUGUCCCCAUUAUCAGCCGGGCCUUUCUUAAAAAAUAUUUUUGUAUUUCCUGUUCCCUUCGAUUUUCAUUCUUUUUUAUUGCAUGUAAAUAUUUUCUCAGCUUUCCACAGUACUUGUUUCCAUAAAAUUUGAAAUAGUAUUCAGCUUUUCUCUAUUUUUAUAAAUGAGGAGGAAGUGUUAAACCUCUUUGGAUUUGAUACGGAGUAGUGUUAAUUAGUUUAAUUGAUAAAAUAACUGAUGAACUAAAAUUUGCUAUUGUCUAAUAUUUCUAAUAAUUUUAUACUUCUGUUUUUUAUUCUGCUACUGUUUUGAUCGUUUCUAUUAUUAAGCUGCUUUGAAUUCUGAAGUGGAAGACAAGUGUGAAAGAAAGAAAUAAAACACAGAAUACAUUUAUUAUCAAAAAAAAGGACAGUGUUUGGACAUUACAUCAAGGUGUUGAUUUUAACCAUAUUUUUAGUUGUCAAGCAUUAUAGAAAAGUUAGUAUGUUAAACCUCCUGCCAUGUUUUAGUAUGGGAGAUAAUAUUUAUUUUAAAAUCUCUUAUUUAUGUUCCAGUUAUACAUGUAUCAACUAUUCCGAAGUUUAGCCUAUAUCCAUUCCUUUGGAAUAUGCCAUCGGGAUAUAAAACCACAAAAUCUUUUGCUGGACCCUGACACAGCUGUCCUAAAACUUUGUGAUUUUGGAAGGUAAGUGUCUCUGGCAAAAAUUAGUCCAGUUGAACAUAGUGGUGUUUAUCCUGAGCUCCAUUUCAGUAGUUGUGGUUAUUCUGGCUUGCAUGACAAGGCCGCUGCCACUUAUAACAGUAUUACACUUAAUUUUGGAAAUGAGCAAAGUGUGCGUGAUUGCCUCUGCAUUAAAUUUUCCACGGCUGAGUCAUGUCGGAUAGGUAUGUAUAUUGAAGUUUAUGGUGAAGCAACAGCUAGGCCAUUUUGUACCACACAUUAAGUCUUUUCGCAAUAAAUACAUUAGUCUUGUGGCAAAUCUGGUCAAAGAAAAUCUGUCUGAAAGUAAAUAUUUUAAAGACAGGCAAGCUACACAGCGGCAUUAUUGUUACAGCAUAGAAGUGAAGGGAUGCAGGGCCAAUAUCUGCUUUGCUCAGAUGCCAGUUGUCUCUCUCCAGCGGCUGUCACUUGGCAGCAGCCAUUCAUCAGGCUGCAGGAGAGGAUGGAAGAGCGGUUCUGCAGGGCCACUUCAUUGCCACGGCUGGGAGUGCAACAUUUGACUACCCCUCCUCUUGACCCCAGCAGGUCAUUAGGUGGACUUUAGUGCCUAAUGGAGUAGUUGAAAUUUGUAAGACUUGACAGCAUAAGGACAUUUCUAAUCCAAUACAGGACAAUAGAAGAAUUAAUGAUUGAAGUGUCUGGGGAAUUCAUUAUUUUAUUUUAUUUGAACAAUUUCUAUACCAUUUAACUGCAAUAGUCUCUAAGCAUUUUAAGGGUUUUUUAAAUUAAUACAAAAACCUUGAACCUGGCCUGGUAAUGUACGGGCAGCCAGUACAUUUGAGUGCUGCAGACAUUUGAGCGCUCCAGACUUUUGAGCGCUGCAGUUAUGCUCUGGCGAUGGUCUGUCCCCAUCAGUAGCCUAGCUGUGAUGUGUCUUGUGGGCAUGGGAACUACCAACCCAGAGUGUCUCUUUGUUUCCAAAGUUUAAGCUCAGUUUAUUGGCCCUCAUCCAGUCCAGCAGUGCACCAGAGAAUGGCCCAGAUCAUGCAAAACCCCUUGUGACUCAGGUGUUAUGGCGAAGUAGAGCAGGGAUGACACUUUGCCCCCAGUUCCUAAGGACUUCAUCCAUAGACCUUAUAUAGCUUUAAACAGCAUUGGGGACAAGAUUGUACCUUGUGGUACAUUGUAUUGCAAAGACCAGGAAGCUAAAACACAGUUAAUGUGUUUCAUGAUGUCUUAACUCCCUCUGUCUGUUGAAUGUGAUAGCAGUGGUAUCCUUUUCUGAAUUAGAUUCAUAAUGAGACAGAAUAUUUUGAUAACACAGCUGUCAUGCUGUUGUUAAAGAUGUUGGGCCUUUUCUGUAGUUCGGAUCCUGUGGUUCUGUUGCCCCUGAUCCUAAACAUCUGUGCCUUCUCCCAGACUUUGGGAAAGUGAAAAGGUAUAAUGCAACAGGAGGUCUACGUAGUGAAGAGCUGCAAAUGAAGGUUCAUCUUAAAGCAAAAUAACAUUUGUAUGUUUAAUUGCACUGCAUGUUUUUGUUUUAAAAAAUAAGGUCUUUCUUUUUCUUUCCUCAUGUCUAGUGCAAAACAGCUUGUUCGUGGAGAGCCUAAUGUCUCUUAUAUCUGCUCUCGGUACUAUAGGGCACCAGAGUUGAUCUUUGGAGCUACAGAUUAUACCUCCAGUAUAGGUAUGUGUGUAUUUAUUUUUAAAAUAUUUAUGUUUUAUGUGAUCAGAAUGGUAGACUACACAAUUGCAACUAUCCUGAAAUACAACAACAACUAAACCGCUUAAAAUCUUCCUGUUGAGGAGCUAUUAUGGAACACUGCACUUCCAUCCCCCCCCAAAGCUACAAUUCACAUGGAUAGCCAGUAUUUGCAAUGAAUUGUAGGUGACCCAUGCUGUUCCAUUAUAAAACCAACCUGAAAAUCAAGAUAAAAGAUUCUCAUCUGCUGUAUUUUCAGCAUCCUGUUAAAUGGUGCUGAGGCAAAUUCUAGUAUUCAGGACCUUCCACCUCUAUUUCUGUGUGACAUCGUGGCAUUUUCUGAUCUUUUUGUGUGUGUUUUUUGCCAUAUCAACAAUGCCACCUUUGUUUAUUUCUGCAGGAUGCAAGCUAUGCUUUGUAGUGAGACAGCCCAACUAUAAAAGGCAUAAAGGUUACCCAAAGUCUGCUGCAGGAAAGUUUAUGGCAUCAGACCCUGGACUGGCAUAGAGAUUAUUGGAUUGAUUAAUUGCAUAUUUUACAAAUCCUGCCAGUCCUCCAGUGAGCUGAGGGCAAUGUACAUGGCCUUUCUCUCUCAGUUCUUAUCCUUGCAACAACACUGUUAAGUAAUUAGACUGAGAAAUAGCGAUGCUGGUCCAUAAUUAUCCAGUGACCUUCAUGGAUGCUUGAGGAUUUGAAUCUGGGUCUCUCAGUAUAAAUCCAGUUUGCUACCAUGUUGCGUUUAAAAUGAGACAGAAAUAUAAGAAGCAGAAUGUCAGCCAUGAUCCACCCAUUAUUUACUACAUAAGUGAAAUCUUCAGUUUUCUAGCUGAUAUGGUUAGCUUAUGUGGUCACUUGAAAAUGCAUCGUUAAUGAGUCCAUUGCCUUAUCAUUGCUGUUUCCUGAAUCAUUUUCAGCAUGCCACAUCAAGCAUUCCCUGAACCCUUUCCAGCAUAGCAGGAUCAUUCUUCUAAUGCAUACUGCUAGCUGAGGCUGAUGGGAGUUGUAGUCCAAAACAUCUGGAAGGCACCAGAUUGGGGACGGCUUUUCUAACAUAUACCUGGGACUGAAGCAGAGUACUCUACUUGCGAUCUUGUCAGUAUUGGUAGAGCAGCGCUGUUCUUUCUAAAAUAUUGGAAACUAGGCUUUUCUUGCAGCCUAAAAAGUGACUUUGGCUUUCUUUGCCACAAUACCGUAUUGUAGACAAUAGUGUUCAGUUGUCUUCUUUGAAGCCAGAAUGCACAAUGCCUUCCUCCUCUUUUGAGAUUUUAGUUUUACAUUGUAUAUAUAAACAUUUUAUUUAUUUAUUUAUAUUACAUUUAUAUUCCACUUUUCCUCCAAGGAGCUCAAAGUGACAUACAUAGUUCUCCUCCCUGACUUUAUUCUCACAAAAAUCCUGUGAGGUAGGUUAGGCUGAGAGUGUGUACCUGUCCCAAGGUAACCCAGUGAGCUUCCUGAUGGGGUGGGCAUUUGAACUGUGGUUUUCCAGCUCCUAGUCCAACACUCUAACCAAUAAUGGCUCUGUGAUAUUGAGGAAUAUUUUGUUACUAAAAGCACAUUUUUAAAAGAACCACACAUGUUGAAAUCACCAGGGAAGAGCAUUGGGAUGUUGUUAGAGAGGAAGGUGGUGAGCCAAGGCCUCAAGGUCUGAAACGGGAGUGAGUGGGAAUGUGAGCGGCAGCAUGGAGAUGCAAAUGGAAAUAUCUAUUGAAUAGAAUGAAUUUCAUAUUAGAGGAGGGGUGUGUGGAAACUGGCAAAAUCUGAAAAGAACACCGGCACCGUCUUACUGAGUUACUUUUGUAUAUAAUUUUGCUUUGCAAGUUUAGACCUGGUACAGAUUCAUAUAAGGUACCAUUUGUAUGAACAAUGUCGGUGCUUCUCUGCAGCGGCCUAAAUGCUUACCUGGUAAAGUAAGCCUUACUGUUCUGUUUCUAUUUCUAUUUAUACUGUGUGUGUAUAUAUAUGUGUGUGUGUGUGCGCGCGUGCAUAUAUAUAUAUAUAUAGAGUGAGAGAAAAUGGAUAUAUGUAACCCACAAUAUCUUCCUAUGUUUCUUCCCCCAUCCCCAGAUGUUUGGUCUGCAGGCUGUGUAUUGGCAGAGCUGUUGCUAGGACAACCAAUUUUUCCAGGCGACAGUGGUGUAGAUCAGUUGGUGGAAAUAAUCAAGGUAUGAGGGGUUUUUAUUAUUAUUUGGGCAUCAUUUUAAAUUGGAAAUGAAAUAAUAGUAAUUUUAAUGUAACUUUGGUUUAUAUAAAACCCUCCUUUUAUUUAAAAGUAAAUGUGAUACUGGCUUUUAUUUUCCAGGUAAGUAAAUAAGUCAUUUUUACCCCUUCUGCACAUAGGACACUCAGAGUCGCUUCACUACAUUAGAAAUGCAAGAAACCCAUUUUGUGAAUCUUUCUACCAUGAAAAGCAGGAUAUGAAUAACCUAAAUAAGUAAUAAAUAUAAAACAGAAAACGUAUCUAAAAGUGUAAAAAUACGUAUUGGAAUCACUACCAAAUGGCCAGACAUAAUGAUUCCUGCUCCCCACACCCCUCACAAUGUUCAUUGCUCCUUAAUUGUGACAUGAUCCAGUAGCAAGUAGUCUUCCCUAGCUAUGGAAAGGAGUGAAAUCUUCUGCUUAUUUGUGAAGCAGGUGUAUUUGCUGCGACUCAGAAGUUUCCUUCAAUGUAUUUUGACCCAAUUCUAAGUUGGUUGUGUAUCCCCGCAAUCCAACUUCAAAAAACAGAGCCCUGUAACUUACAUGUGAUAGAUAUCAGGGCCAGAGAAGUUGUCAAAAGGAAUUGCAUGCCUGGAAUUGAGGAACGUAGAGGAUAAGUUGUGAAACUAGGUUGGCUUAUAUCAGCGACAAGGGGUGGUUUUCAAUCUGUAAUUGACAGAACAAAAUCAUUCUCCACAAAAUUCAAUGGUCAAACUUAUAUAAAUGCACACAGAUAUAUCGUUCUCAUGCAGACAAAAAUAAUAGAUUUUGUUCAGUUCAUCAUAUUCAGUUUAGUUCUUCAUUUAGAUCUCUUGGUGUAUAUCCAUUGAAAUUCAUUCUGUAGGAGUUUCUGCUACAGCUGUUGUCCUUCAGUGUUCAUCUUCUCUUGACAGCAAAAUUUUAAGUCUUAACAUGUCCACAUUGUAGAACAUGCUGUGUGCUUUGGCUCCUUAUACAACUUUUGUGCUUGCAAAUGCAGGUCUGAAUAGGUCUCGUAGAAUAUACAUUCUGCGAUUGAGUUGCUGUGAUCAGAUGCUGCAGAUAGGGCUGUAUCCCCUCAAAGGCAAUGUUUUUUAACGGAGCUGGACACAAAUCAUCCGUCACUCACACACCAUGAGGAGAAAAAAAAGGGCAUUUCUUAUAUAGAACGUACUCAUAUGAAGGUUCUUGUUUUUGUUGGUAGUAAAAUAAAGUAUGUUUAAGAUAGCACUUGGCUUAUCUAAAGUGCAUUUUGUACAAAAUUAUCUAAGUGCUUCAGAGAUGGUCUGCAUAAUGUUAAUUAUGGUGCAUAGUCCUACAUACAUUUGAAUUAAUUAUGUGAUCGGUACUCCAGGGAAUAGUAAGAGAUACAGCCAGUGAUUAAAAUGUAAACUUGGCCGCAGUUGGAGAGAUCACUAGAUGUGCAGUUCCUGUUUGCAUCCAUUCCUUUUACUAUAAGUGCUGCGUGCUACAGAUGUUGGCUGCAAUAGCUAUAUUGUCUCAAGGUGCUAAUAGACCACGUUUUCUAUUUUCUAGGUCCUUGGAACUCCUACAAGAGAACAGAUUAGAGAAAUGAAUCCAAACUACACUGAAUUUAAAUUUCCCCAGAUUAAGGCACAUCCAUGGACUAAGGUGAGAGCCUGUUUGAACUAGUAGUGGGUGCCUGGAGAGGAUACGCUGAGGUCCAUACAUUAAUCUUUACAAGUUAAUGGGCAAACCAAGGCACUAUUCCUCAGUGGUCCUAUAAAUGUUAAUGCGAGUAUUUUAAUCAUGUUCACAAUAGUAUUUUUGUUACUGUAACUGGAAGACACUUCCAGUCAGGUGGGCUGAAACACAUAUUUCUCUUUUCAACUGCACCUUCCUUUACAUCCCACCCCUCCUACGUAUGUGCUGGGAAUCCAACCCUUUAUUCUUCAUAGCCAACUCUUGUGUGUGUGUGAAGUCUUGUGUAAAUAUGGAAGUUUCAGGGUGCCUUAAUACUUGAUUAGCUUCACCCUGUUUAACAGGAGAUUCAGCUGGUGAAUAUUGAUAGGAUUUUAGCUGAAACAAAGUAACUGAGGAACAAGAGGGAGGCUGCAGUAUGCUCAGGUUAGCCCCAAGGCUUGUAGACAUACGAAACAAAUUUAGGAAUUAAAGCCCAUUGAGGGUUAAGAAUGCUCAUUGUGGCUCUGGAAAGCUGAGUGUUUUUGGAGGGGGUGAAAGAAAAGUGAGGUGUAUAGGGAGAGAAAGGAAAGAAGUAUUGACUGGAUUCCUCAACAGUAGCACUUCACUAUACAAAAUUUGGUGAUGUUAUUAUAUCACAUUUGUCAUGAAUGUUCUGGCUAUUAAUCAAAAAUAAAAAUGAAUAGAGAUCCUUAUCGUUCAUGUUUAUAGCUGUUGUCCACACCAAUAAGGAGACAAGCAGGGCCUGAUGUAUUGUGAACCUAUAUGAUUCUCUUUCUUUAGGUGAGCGAUAGAAUUAAAAUAGAAUCAUUUCCUGCCUCACAGGGAAGUAUCACAGUACAAUUGUAAACAAGCAAAAAACAUGCAUCCACACACCUCUUAGUACUUGGUUCUCUGUAAAGUGCCAGAAACCAAUGUGAUCUUCCCUUCAGCUCACUUAGAGCCGGGUGGGGAGAAGCAAGCUCUUCUGCAGUGGAUGCCAGGGCAGGCUUUUCUCCCCCUUGCCACAUUAUUCUUCUGGAGGGAAGGAUUGCAGCUGUGAAUGGGACAGAGUGUGUUUUCCUCCAUAUAUUUAGUCCUCGGACAACUUAAGCUUAGACAUGUCCUCUUAACUGAGAGGGUCUUGCUGAAAUCAAUUUUGAGGACAAAAUUGGAGGGAGAGAUGAUGGGUAGGCAGCAGGGCUGCAAUUCCAGUGACCCUUGGAUUAUAUUUAUCUCCAUGAUCCAUAUCAAUCCAGAAUUAGGGCAGAAUACAGAAUAGAAACUACUUUUGUUGUGGUGGUUUACCAUCUGCAACAAAGGUUGUGGGGAUUGUACGCUAUAUGGUUGCUGGAAGCUGUCAGUAUUCAGGCUUCACACUCUGAUAGUUCCACUCCUGUCUGAGCAAAAUUGAGGGUAAUAUUGAGUGACUGUUGUUCUACCCAGUAGUAUUCUUUUGAAAUUUGUGGCUGCUGGAAGAGACAAGCACGUUUUGGGAUGUGACAUUAUGAGUAUGCUGAAGACGCCCAACUCGUGUUUUUCAUUUUCAUCUAAUCCAGAUAGUGAGGGUUUCUUGAAUGCCUUUUAUUGGCUGGAUGGGGGCAAUUAAAUUGACUUAAGAAUUCAGGCAAGGUAGAAAUGUUGAUGCUUAAGAGGUCAGCUCAUUUGGGGACAAACAGGUUCUGUGCUUUCAGUGGGAUUAUUUUCUCCGGGAAAGAGCUCCUGAAGUGUGAACUGGUUGCACCCUGUCCUCACUAAAAAAUGAUUUCAUGACAAUUAUCCAACACAUUGUGUGUGAAGCCAUCCUUGGUAGAUAGUUCGUGAGGCUCAACAUGGGUAUAGGAAACAUGUAGCAGGUUCAGUUCAAGGCACUACAAUUUUACUUUUAAAGCCCUUAAUGGCCCAGUUAAUUUUAUCUUCAGGUCAGUAGAUGGAGUCUUACUCCAUGUUUCCUCUGUUACUGUGGCUAGAGCACUGAGAAUUCAUUGCUAUAAUUGCUGCAAUAACAAUUUAGAAGCCUUCUUUGUAGAUUUCUGGUAAUUUUUGUUGCACAGGGCAAUUUUAAAAACACUUGAAAAUAUAAUAGAGAGAAAGGAGAAAAAACAAACAGUUGACUUUGAUAAUACAAAUAUUACAUCAAUCCUAAUUUAAAUGUAUAGAUUAAUAUAAGCAGUUCCUAUGUCCAAAUAGUUAUAAGCCAUGUGCUCAGAUAAAGGGCAGAGAUCUUCAGACCACUGAGUGGUACAUAGUGGAUGUUUAGCCUUCUAACCUUGCAAUAUAAGUCUCUUGGUCACCAAAAGGCUCACAGAAUUCACUUUUGUUGUCCAUCUGUUAGUCACCACACCUCAAGGAUAUAAUUUAAGAGUGUGUGAUCAUCUGCAAAUAUCCCAGGCAACUUUAAUAUGAACAAUAGUUUCUGGCCAGAAAGAAGACACCAUAGGACCAUGACCACAUUGUAUGCCUCAAAACAUUUUUUUCAGUGUUACAUCAUUUCUUCCUACAAAGGCACGGUGGAGUCCAGCAUACCAGAAACAUCAUGUUCUGUUGACUCAGUUUUGGCUAAAAAUUAAAGAAACAGCCAACUAGAUGAUAAAGCAGUGUUUCAUUAAUAGAAUGAAUAAAACACUCUAUUAGUUUUCCGUGAAGAUCCAGUUAUUUAUUCCAGCAAAAAUAGGAGACAUUAAGGCACUCAAAGCUGACAUUUCCUAAAUAGACACUAAAAGGAGCUGUAGUUGAAGAUACGGUGAUUCAGCUCUAGUGGUAAGUGGCAGCUAGACUGCAAAAUUGAAAAUGGCAAAUGUUCUCAAUCUGAUGCUGUUAACUGGUAUCUGGCUGUCAACCCAAUUCUUUCACUAAGGACUUCCUCUUCAUUUUCACAUCCAAAUUACCCCAUAAAGUUACUGUAGAAUGAGCAUAUGGAAGUGUAACUCGAAAGACAUUCUACACAUAGGAAUCUUACUGGGUCGCAGAGGGAGCCAAUGAAGUAAAUGAACUGAUAAAUCCACAAUCCAGGAGGGCUUGCACCAGCAGGGCAUAAGGUUGGGGGAGACAGUAGCAAAGGGAGGCACCAUUGGAACAAGCCCACCUGCUAGACCGAUAAGAAGGAUGCCUUGCUUGGCGGAAAUAGGAGUUCAUCCAAGAAAGUCUGAACGCUGGUUGAACUGGUCGGGUCAGAACCAAAGUAUUCCCUCAGAUGACCAUGAGUCCAGAGUUCUUCUCAUUAGAAAGGUCUCUGACCAGUUGCAGGGUUACCUCUGCUUCCUCCUCCCCACCCCUAGUUUUAAGUUAGGGAAAUUGAGGUCCUGUGGCCCUCGGAUAACCGUGUGUUCCUAGGGCUUGUAUUGUCGAAAACAGAUUAAUUAUUAAGACUCCCAGUAAAAACAAAAAAAAUUAUCCCAGUCCACAGGGUUUAGGUUCCAGGUAAGUAAUUAUUGGCCACCCCUAGAAAGUGUUCUAGCUCCUCUUGGAGUAUUUAGUGUGGUGCAUGGAAGGUAAUUAUUUACAUUUUUCCUGGCAAGUUUUAUUUUCAGCAGAAUGUUUGGCCUUUCAGCUACUUAUUUUAUUUGCUGUUGUGUUCCUUGAUCUUAUUGUUGCAAUGACUGUUUUGUUGACUUUAGUUGUUGUUCACAACUUUGGGUAUCUCACUCAAAAGGUGGGGCAGAAAUGUUUUAAAUAAAUAAAUAAAUAAAUAAAUAAAUAGGCUACACCUCAGCCUCUCGUUUUGUAGGUUGGGUAACCUUUGUGUUCUUUAGAAAGCAAAGUGUGCAAGACUUCUGCCACUAUGGAUUUUUAGCUGCAGGGUGCCUCCCUCCCUCUUCUUAAUAGCUGUUACUGUCUAGUCAUAUAACAGGCACUUCCUUUAGGUUGCCCCACUACCUGAGAGAGAAAGCAAAUGAGGCGCCUUCGCACCCUUGCAUUCCUCUUCAGGACCUACUGCUUGACAUCAUGAUGUCUCUCCCUGCAAUGUUUCAACUAUCUGCAUUCACCUGCUGCUUCAUUCUUCGCCGCUUGGGAUUCCUCUGAAAACAGACAGUUGCUACUUCCCAUCAUAUGCAUUUGUGGAGACCUUGCCUUCCUCAAAGCAAGUGCCAAACCUUCAUUGCAUCGGGUCAAAAUUCAUUUGCCCCAUUCAUGCAGUCCCAACAGCUGUAUUUGAUGGCUGGAACCAUGUAGAGCAGAAAGCAUGUUCUUUUUUCCUAUGUUUUCUGCCACCUGCAGAACAGGAGAGAUGCAAAAGUUUCAUUUUGGGUGUCACACAGAUGUGUCCUUAGAACUUCAUUUUCCUCCCGUAAAGGGCCAGUCCUGCCACUAGGAGAAGGCCGCCUCUGGCAGCUGAUUUUGGGGGGGUGGUGAUGAAAGGGCAGCAAAUUGUUAGUUCUAUUAUUGUUUUUGCUUCUGGGAAGUGGGAGGAGGAUUUUCUGUCUCAGGUGCCAAAAUAACUUGGUUGGUGGUCCGCCAGCCCUGCACACAUUGAUUCCACAGCACAGUAUUUUGUUUCCGCCACGUCUUAUUACAUGCUCCCACUUCCCCAGAUUUACUGGUGGGUGUGUAUGAGAGAGAGGGAGGUGGGGAGAAGGAGGAAGGGGGGAGUUAGCCACACUUUCUCCACAGGCUCCUGGAGGACAGCCCUUAUGCUUUCUACUUACAGUCUACUGCCCCAAGAUAGGCUGAGUAGCAUUCCAUACUGUUUUGAAUAGUUAGUUCCUUUUAAAUAAAAACAGACUUUGGUUUACAGUCAUACCUGGUUGCGAACACUGUGGGUUGCAGACUGCGCCAAACCCGGAAGUACUGGAACAGGUUACUUCCGGGUUUCAGCGCAUGCUCAGAAGCGCUAAAUUGCACUUUGCACAUGUGCAGAAGCACCGAAUCACAUCACAAGCAUGUGCAGACGCGGCACUGUGGGUUGCGAACACUGUGGGUUGCGAACGGGCCUCCCGCACGGAUCACUUUUGCAACCCGAGGUAUGACUGUAUAAGCUUGUGUGACUGCUUAUAUGAAAAUGCCCUCCUCUGGGUGUCAACUCUCUGAGCUUCUGAGGGUAGUGGAGAGCUACAAGAGGGCCCCUUAUGUCCGUCCUCAGAAUUGGUUGGGCCGCAGAAGUUGCAUGAAGUCAGAAACAGGACCAGCAGCCCCAUUUCCCUUUACUCAGGGAGACCCCUUUGCAGAAUGUAUGCAUGUCGGUGGGGAGGGGGUGGAUUUUUUUUGCUUUCAGGAAGCAGGGGAAAAGUGUAGCAGUUUCUUCUCUCCUGCAUUUUGUUGUACAUGAUGUAGCUCUCUUCUACUCUUCGUGUGUGUGUGUGUGUGUGUGUGUGUGUGUGUGUGUGCAUGCAUGCUCAUAUGUGUGCACAACUGUCAGGUACAUGAGUUUGGAGUUGGAAGAGUCUGCUACAUCUCAGGACCCAUCAUGGCACUGAUUCAGCCCUGAUGAUAUAUUGAGAAGUAGAGCUCUUGUACAAAUAAUAGGGAAAGGGGAAAAAUCACCUUUUUUCAAUAAUGAAUGUUUUGAGUUGUUCCCCCGCUUUUCAAGCAUAAGUUCUGCUUUGAAUCAGUAGAUCACAAUAAUUUAGAAAGUACUUCUUUCUAAAUUAUUGUGAUCUACUGUUUCAAAACAGAAUUUAGAAGCUUGUCAUCUCUACUUUCUGCCCAACCAAUUCAUUUAAGAUUACUUGAAUUAAAUUUGUUAAUUUAUAAAAUAGUCCAAAGCAACUUACAUGGUGAUAAUAGCAUCUCUUCAUUCUUAACUUUUCAUUCCAGUAAUGGAGGGGAAGGAAAAUGGAAGUGGAAUAUCAUGGAAUUGAGACUAUGGUUGGCUUGAGCGCUGAACAGGGCUGCUCCACAAAGGAACAUUUUGUUGCAGGGCCCACAUGUAUAUAUGCAUUUUUCAGUGUGGUUUCCUCUGUGAAAAUUAUUUAACUAAUCAAGCAAGUCUACCUAAAAUAGUAAAUAUCUGUGACCAUGAUAACAUAUGUUAAUGAACAAGUGAGAUAAUAUUUAAAAGUUACUUGAAAAGUUCCUAUCAGUGUUCACAUGUUUUAUUUUAGUUUUGUUUUCUGCAUGUGGCUUUCCUGUGCAUUUUAUCUGGCCGUAUUUAGUCUGCAUACUAAAGGUUAGUCUGCCCAAUUGCAUCCUCUUUUGUGCUCUUAGCUUUUCCUUUCCUUCACCAAGACUUAUUUUAGAUUGCAAUAGAUUUCAUUGUGACGGGCCGGUUUUUAGACCGAGUGCUAAAUUUUAGUCCGCAGACUAAAAUAUAAUCCGCGGAUUAUUUGCCCCAGAAAUUCCCUCACUGAAAACUACAUUAAACACAGUAACCAUGAUGCUUAAAACAUAAUAGUGAGGACGGUUCACAGCUAACAGCGUACUCUGCCACCUGCCCUUUUGCACCUAGGCACAAUAGAACGCUGAAACCACCCCCAGCUUGCAAUGCGGCCCAUUGUGCUUAAGUGUUGGCAACCUGUAUUAUCGACCACUUAACCUGUAACUGUGACAGUCCCUUGCUUUUAAUGUUUGUUGUUUGUAUGCUUCUAUGUAGUUCUUGGUGGGUGAAUAAAGCAGUAGAACAGGUUGCAGUAAGUAAGAAGAGUUAAACAACGGUAGUGUGUUUCUUUCAUUAUCAGUGUGCGCUUGUAAAAGAAAAAAACAAACAAAUCCUCCCCCCCCCCCUUUUAAAUGGCCAUGAGGGCAUAAGGAAGGAAGCCACAAUCAAGGGGCAGGGGAGAGUUAAGAUCUUACCAGCACUUCCGAAAUGUCAUGUCCAGUUCCUGAAGCAUCCUAAAGAGAUAUCUGCCAAAAAAGCUAAACACUAACAAUCCAUUGGCGGGGAAGUCAAUCCAAAAUGAAGAAUAAUCCGCGGCGGCCUGAUACACACAUAGCUUAUAGAAAUUUAAAAUAGUUAUUUUUAGUACUGAAUCUUAGAGAUCUUUAUUACAUGCGUGGUUUCAAAAACACCUCUCAUCUUGUGCUUUUGGGACAAAGAGGAGGGGAAAAAAAGAGGAGUCUGUACAUGAGAGCAUGUCUCAUGUUUUUCCCCAUGUCUGUGGAAAUCUAUCUCCAAGACUGGGAAGAAGACUGCAGUUUAAUAUUGAAAAUUCAGUAUAAUUUUACUUCUACAUAGACAUUUGAUUUCAUCUUUUUGUUACUUUUUACUAAAGUCACUGGCAUUGGAACAUGCAUUUAAAAUAAAAUGUUUCUAUACUAUGCCUCACCCUUGCAAAAUCAUUUUUUUUAAAGUUGGACUUGCUGCUAUGGAGACUGAUGUUUAAAGGUUCUAAUUGUAUUAAACAUUUAAUAUUUCCCCAUCACCAUGGAUUUCUGAUAAUAUUGGAUAUAUUUUUCCUUGCUGGACUAUUCUUUUGGAUUGACUCCCCCUGUUUGGAUUAUUUCACUGCAUUAUCAUCUUUAGGACUCGUCAGGAACAGGACAUUUCACCUCAGGAGUACGGGUAUGUACAUAAAUAUUUUUUCAUAUCAUCAGGUUUAUUGUUGGAGGAGGAGAGGCAAAAAUGAGGAUGGAAGAGUUGACACCAAGCAGCCAUUGAGGUCACUGAGCCAAAUGUUCUCUCUCUCUAAACGUUUUUCAGUUUUUAGCUGCUAGUUUCUUGCGGCGGUUGGGCUUUCAAUUUUCUGGCAUUGUUAAUGUAGUACAUUCUGUAUCAAAUUACUUUUUCCAAGUCCCAGCAGAGAAAGGGCAACCUGAUCUUCAUGAGGUCCUGCAGUUAGAGUGGAAGCUAGAAUACAUGCUACAGUACAUCAUAAGACAUAUUAAGUGUGAAUAGCUUUUGCUUACUCAUGGAAGGAGUGAAAGAUAGAGUCAGCCUGAGUUUUGCUAGACAAGUAAAGAAAGAAAGAAUCGUUCCACAGUUAGCAGUUCAUCUAAAGAUAGUAAUGAAGAAAAAUACAAAGCAUCAUUUUAUUUUAAAGGAGGCAAGUAUACCUAAAGCCUUUCAACCUUAGAUUGAAUUUCCACCUGAUUUCAUAUGGUGGUGGGGUACAGUUUUAUUCGACAAGCUCUAGGACAAUAUUUGGGGGUCAUAAAAUUUGGGGAAAGUUUUGGUUUAAUGUAUAUUCAAAUUUGAAUGUGGGAUUUUCAGUAACUUGAUGGAUUAUGUAUCUGGAAAAAAGAAUUUGAACUUCUUUAAUGGAGAUAAUUUCCCCAAAAUUUAUGAGAUGAAAUAUGGUUUUUUAAAUUUAUUGUGCUUCAACAACUUGGUCAUGACCCCACAACUUGGUCUUGCCACAAUCACAGAUGGACAACACAGCCAUUUUCUCUUACUUAUGGCAGUGAAAUUGUUUCUAGGAUGGGUAACCUGAGGCCCUCCAGAUAUUUUGCUGUUGGACUCCAUCUCAUCAGUUCCAAGCAAAACAGCCAGUGAGCAGGGAUAGUGUGAGCUGUAGUCCCACAUCACCUGGGCCACAAAUUCCCCAUCCCUGUUGGAAGUGAAGGGGACACCUGGUAAAAAUGUAAAAGAUAAACCCAUGUCACAGGUUGCACUUAAAAGUAGCUCCAAGGCGUAUGUCAGGGCACAGAUGCCACUGUCUCCUAUUCAGGAGUUGCUGCCAGAGUAGUACCAGGAAAGCCAGCUGCAGUAGCUUCUCAUUACCUCUCCUAACCCAGCAAGAGGAGAAGUGCUGAGUUUUCAGAGGUGUUUUGUGAGGUUGCUUAGCCCUUUCCUUUUCUCCCUCUGCAGCUGGAUUCUGAAACUAGAACUAAGCACAAAUCCAGUUUAGGGUGGGGGAGACAAGUGAGCUUGUGUUCAUGACAUUUGCAAGAGGGAAUAGUUAAACAUUCCUUCCCCUGUUGAUUCUCCCAGACCAGUUUUCCCUCCUCUACACUGAUACUACAUUGACGUGUGUGUAGUUUUGAUUUUUAAGAGUAAAGAAAAACUAUGGCUGUGCAACAUGGUAAUUUCUUCCUGGGUUGAAAAGAGCACCCCUGCAUUCAAUACACGUGGGGAGAGGACUUGCUUCGACUUCUCUCUUGGCCUGAGCAGGCUAGAGCAGGAGAGGGGCUGAUAUCAUUGUCUGUUUUAGAGGUCCAUAGGAUUCCUUUCAGACUAUGGUAUUACUACUUAUUCCCACAGUUGUCCCAGGCAUGAAAGUAAGCCGCAGCCUGGUUCAGUCUAAUAGUUCUUGCAACAUCUGGGCACUGCAGAAGAGUUUUGCUUAUGUGAUCGUGUGCCUGCCUUAACUUAAUUCUUGUCUUUUAAUUCUUCAGCUUUUUUACUUUCCCUCACAUAUGUAAACUAGCUUUCUGUACGAACUCAGAACUCUUGAUAAAUCCCACCAAUAGCCUAUACCAUUAUUAGUGAUGAGGAGAUUCUUGACGCAGUUUAUGUUCUGCUGAAUUUAAAUAUCUUCUCUUCAAAAUCUGUUUGAGCAGAUUUGCAGUUGAUUUUGCAUGUGGUAUAUGCUAUUGCUUUGGGGUUUGGUCCAACUUUACAUGCGUGGGAAUCCGUUCCCUCGGUGGGGUUUCUCCUUCCUCUCUUCCCGCUAGCAGCCUUCCAUGCACCCAGAAAUCUGCUCCAGAGGAUUGAGUAUCCUUCCUGGGCGGAUUUUGGGUGUGUGCAGGGAUGGGGAAAAAGGGGAACCAAAAGUCUCAUUGCAAAAGCAGGUUUCCACUGUGCAAGUGAGCUGCCACAACUGAAUCUCAUCCUUUGCGUUUUGUGAGUUGGAUUUGCCAGUUUUUGUCCCACCCUUAUCUCAAGAUUUUACAUAUACUCUUUGCUCAUGACCUGUAUUGCACCUGUAGCGUAGGUGAAAGAAAAUGCUUAAGGAACCUGUGAACGUGUGGUUAUUUAAUUUUUAUGUGUGUGAGAGAGGAGAAGGUAGAUGGAGUGCAACAUUGGUGACAAAAGACUGAUUGUGAAUAGUAAAAAUAUAUGCUGUGUGACCUAACCUCCGAUGGCAAAUGUCUGAGAGAAAAACUAGCUGGCUGAGUACCCUUCAGCAAUACUCCCAAACGCCUAAAAUUUGGAAGUUAUCCUAAUUGAUUACUUGCUGUGUAUUAUUAAAGGAUAAACCAAAACUAAGAGACCUGAUCAGUGUCCCUACCAGUCAGCAUAAAUCCACACCCAGUACAAAAUCAGUUGGUUGCUUAAAAGUUUUGCUUUCAGUAAAUGCUUCAGAACGUGGUCUUCAGAAAAUCCUGCUCAUUUGCUUUUCUCUCUCCUCCAACCCAUAUGCAUGGCCGACUGCAUUCCUGUUAUGUUUGGAAUGGAUUAUUCCUCUCUUCCUAAAAGUUCUUCUCAGCUGUGUCUUGUGUUCCCCCCCACCCUGUGACCUUGUAACUUCACCUUAGUACAACAACCUUCCUUGCACUUAACCAUUCAACCCUAGAAGCUUGAUUAAGCUUCAGUACUCUAUAAGCUAAUGUCUAAUUCCUACUCUGAGCGGUUUAGUUCCUCAGGUUCUCAGUCCUUCAACGACAAGAGCAAAGAAGAGUAUUGACGGACUGUCCCUCUUGUUCUGCCGCAGGUCUUCCGGCCCCGCACUCCACCAGAAGCAAUAGCGCUAUGUAGCCGUCUGCUGGAAUAUACCCCCACGGCACGCCUGACUCCGCUGGAAGCGUGCGCACACUCUUUCUUUGAUGAAUUACGGGACCCAAACAUCAAAUUGCCGAGUGGGCGAGAGAAACCUGCACUCUUUAACUUCACCACUCAAGGUAGUCUGGGAGCAUGAAGGAAGAUUGUGUGUCCGCAGUUUCUUACGGCACAAAGAUGGCAUCAUCUCAAAUAGUGGUCAGAAGGGAUGGAUAGAAAGUGGAAAUAUUUCAAAGAGUGAACUGUGUUGAGAAGGUGUAGAGAAAGGGUUAAAAAUAAAGUCUGAGAGAGAGACUUCUUCACCCCUCAGUCAGUCGGGCUUGAUCGAAGAAAGGCUGUUUGACAUAGAGACGCAUCCAUAAUCUCAAUAGGCUGAUGCUUGUGUCUCAUGAUUGCCAUUAUUACUGGGACAUUCAAUUCCUAGUUAGUCAUAGAUGAAAUUGCUUGUUAGAUAGAAGGUUGAAAUAUUCUUGGAAGAAUAGAGACUGCUGCUCAUGUUCACAUUUUUACCAGGAAUCGUAUUUAAUAAGCUAAUUGAGUAUGUAACUUAGGACAUCCAGGAGUCCAGAUUUAGGGGAUCAGCUGAAAUGCAGGCUAAGGAAGUAUGUUUUCGCAGUUGCCUUGCACAUGUUUUCAAGAACUGUACAGAAGCAUAAUUUGUGGCCUGUAUUGUUCAGAUUCUUUGGAAAGAUGGCUGCAACCCAAUUACAAUUACUCAUAUGCAUUUCGGUUAACAUAGGGUUGCCAUACGUCUGGAUUUGCCCAUGUCGGCAGGGCUGUUUUCCCCCCAAAAUAGCUCAAAAACAGCAUUUUUCUUCUUGCAAUUUUGCCAAACAGCUUUGCCAAAAAGAAGAAGAAGCUCAACAAUUUAUGGCAACUAUAGUUAACAUAUCAAUUUAAUUUGCACAUGGUUAAAAGAGAUCUGAAGCAAGAAGCAUAUUUUCUUUUAUAGGAUGCUAUGUGUCAAAGCAGGCAUUGGAAGAGGCAUUUACGCUUGCAUGUGAGAGAAGAUAAUAUUUACCAUCUGCUGUCUUUAUAUUGGAAAUAAUUUUUUAAAAUAAAAUGUUACCUGCUUAAUCAGCAGUACCUUUUACAUUUAUUUUUAUUAAUGUUAAUUAAUUAAUUUAAAGCUUUUUUUUUUUUAAAUCUAGCCAGUUAAUAAUAUUGCAGCCCUAUUUGAAGAUACUCUUUUCUAUGUUAAAGUCAGUGAAAGGGCCAUGGCCACUUGUCAGGUUUCGAAAGGGUGCUGAGAGCGCUGGGGUAGUAUUUUCCAAGUGCACAAAUGCUGCUGCUCUUGAGAUGCACCUUUUCUGCCUCUAAAGCAUUUGCUCCGCUCUGGGUUAUGGUACUUCCUUCCCUGGUGACAGUAAAUGCUGCCAGUUCCUCUUGACCCGAGACCCACCAUGCCAGCUUCCAUUUCUGCAUAUAUGAAAGUAACCACAACGCUGCUCUGAACAGGAUGUUUAAUUUGCCUUAUCUCAGGACUGAAUUACUUGAGGCAGUUCAAACUAAUAUUGUUAAAAUCACUGGUAUGUCUUGGAUUAUUUCUGCUGUUUUGUAAAUGGCAGGCUGGAGGGGAAAUUAAUGGUUGUAUUCAACAUAGUGUAAGCCUGGCGCAGAGCCUAGGACUUGCCGAUCAGAAGGUCGGCGGUUCGAAUCCCCAUGACGGGGUGAGCUCCCAUUGCUCGGUCCCUGCUCCUGCCAACCUAGCAGUUCAAAAGCACCUCAAAGUGCAAGUAGAUAAAUAGGUACUGCUGUGGUGGGAAGGUAAACGGCGUUUCCGUGUGCUGCUCUGGUUCGCCAGAAGCGGCUUAGUCAUGCUGACCACAUGACCCGGAAGCUGUACGCCGGCUCCCUCGGCCAAUAAAGCGAGAUGAGCGCCGCAACCCCAGAGUCGGCCACGACUGGACCUAAUGGUCAGGGGUCCCUUUACUUUUUACCUUUACUAAGCCUGUCAUUAGAGGAAGUAUUUCCACUUAUGCAAAGGGACUCCCUUGCCUCUUCCCCCCACCCACGUGCCCCUUAAAUCUAUUAUUGGGGUUCCCCAGCUUUACAGAGAUUUGGGGAGAGGGGCUGAAGAGACCUGUUGUGCAAAUGGACACCCUUGCACAAAUGGGAUGCGUUAGUUGGCUACGGCCCAGGCAAGCAGGCAGGACGACCUUUUGUUGUGGCUCAGGUUUAUCUGGAGGUGCUUUAGCAAGAACAUAUUCAGCUCUCAAUAAAAUUGCCAUUGCCACUCUGACUGCUGCUUAAGUCGAUGGUUACAGAGGCCAUCUCUGGACAGAGUGGCUGGGGAGGCCCGGCCGGAUGGGUGGGGUAUAAGUAAUAAAUUAUUAUUAUUACUAUAAGAGCAUUCUUGCCAGUAUUACACACUUUUGAAAAACAGAAUGCCCUACCGCUGGCCCCAAGCAUGUAGAAUUUUACUGUGCAGUAGGUUGUCUUAUGUUGGUUUCCUGAAGCAAAUGUGCUAGUAAACUGACAGUACAGUAUCUGUUUUUCCUUUUUGUUUUGUUACCUAUUUUAUAUGUAAAUUUUCACUCUACUUUCCAUCCCUCAAAAAUGUUUGACAGAAAGUUUAAUCUCACAUGAGAUCUGUACUAGUAGAAUAGCUGCAAUUCAAAACACAUUCUGCAGCAAUCACUGUUGGGAAAUGCAACUUGGGGCAGGUGGGGGGAAUAUAAGGGCAGCUUGUGCUGUGGUCUAAACCACAGAGCCUAGGACUUGCUGAUCAGAAGGUCGGCGGUUCAAAUCCCUGCGACGGGGUGAGCGCCCGUUGUUCGGUCCCUGCUCCUGCCAACCUAGCAGUUCGAAAGCAUGUCAGAGUGCAAGUAGAUAAAUAGGUACCGCUCUGGCGGGAAGGUAAACGCUGUUUCCAUGCGCUGCUCUGGUUCGCCAGAAGCGGCUUAGUCAUGCUGGCCACAUGACCCGGAAGCUGUACCCCGGCUCCCUCGGCCAAUAAAGCGAGAUGAGCGCCGCAACCCCAGAGUCGGUCACAACUGGACCUAAUGGUCAGGGGUCCCUUUACCCUUUACCUUUAGUAGGGCACAUGUAGGCAUUAAAAAAAAAAGCCUAUUUUAAAAAGUCAUCCCUGAAAGACAAGCCCCCCAGGGAGGGGGAUAGAAGCAGUGAUGUAUCAGGAAAAAUAGGGAUAGUUUGGGCAUAGGUCAUUUGCCCAUGAAUAUUGGGGCAUCUAGUCUCUAUGAGUUGUUAUAGACAGAGGAGAGUUCAGUUAGCCAUUUAGACGGUCAGAACUGUUUUGAUCUGGCUGGCCACCAGCAGACAGAUUGUGAUUGACUUCAAAAGUAAGUAAUCCAGAAAUCACUCCCCGCCCCCAGGGAUCUGUAGCCCUUGUGUCCUUAUUGCCCAAGGACAAAAGGAUGGAUGGAGGGAACCUCCUGGCUUUUCCUCUCCACCAUCUUAUGGGGAAGCUCCUUCUUCUUAUCGUUUGGUCUCUACCAGGGCAUUCUUCAGGCCAGGGUGGUCCCUGCAGCCCUCGGGGCCUUUUUGGGUGGCCCUUGGCAACAUUCAAGAAAAAAACACCAUAAAGCCUUUUUUAAAAAUUGCACAUGUCACAAAUUGUUAAUGAAAGCACAUACUUCUGUCUGUGUAAUGGAAUUGUUUAAUAAUUAAAUCUAUUAAAUCUAGUGUGUAUUUAAUUACAUAUAUUUAAUUAAAUAUAUUAAUUGUGUAUAUUAACUAAUAUUAAAUACACUUUAAUUUUUUAAAAAUGGAGAUUUAAUUCAGUGUGCGGCCCAUGGAUUCUUUACAAAUAAAAAUCAAAUGCAAUAAAAUUCCUGGUAUAAAGCAUCAUUAGAAACUAAACAACAUAACUGAAAUAGAAGCCGCCACCACAGCCUGCAACAUCUACCAGAUCCAACCUUGACAAAGGUCCGCCUAUAAACCUGCCUAUCAAGCAUUCCCACCAACCACAUCCAUAACACAGCCAAGCCCCAGCCAACCAUUUUUCACCAAAUGAACGUUGGGUCUACAAAAAAAAUCACUGGCAGCAUUAAACAUAAUUUACAGCCAGCUAAUUCACCCUCCACCUCCAUCUAGGGCAGCACAGUAUCAGAUAAACAGCAACACGUAAGUAUUCUACAGUUCAGUCUGUUACAUUUUGACCAGUAUAAAUAGACAUAAAAUUCUGAUUUACGGUCCUGAUUUUUUGCCCUUUUUUGGGGAUACUUUGAAUAAUUUUUGAAAAAUACUUUAUUAAGAGAAAAUGUAUGUAUUAUAAAACAAAAUGAGAACCAAUAUAGGUGAUCUAGAGCUAAAUCAUGAAGCAUAGUAAGAAGCUGCAGCAUUUGAUCAUGAUAAUUUUAUGUAUGAGUUCAUUUUUAAUAUUUUAUAAAUUCUUGGGAAAAUAUAUUGAUAUGAAGAUGCAAAUUACUAAGUUUUAAAUUACAUUUCUGCUCUAAUUUUACUUUUUGUAAAGGCCUGUCUGUAUAAAAAGGUAUUCAAGAGACACCUGAAAGUCAAAAGUGAGGGCAGCUGCCAAAUUUCUGUUGGAACAAUGUUCCACAGCAUGGGACUGGUGAUGUGAAGCCCUGACUUUUAGUUGAAGCCAGCCAGGCCUCUGGAACACAGGGGACAAUUAGCAGCACUCUUCUGGGUGAUCUCAUAGAAUUGUAGAGUUGGAAGGGACCACCAGGGCCAUCGAACCAAACUGCCUGCAGAAAUAAAAACAAACAAAUGCCAUCUGUACACUUUCCUCACCAGAUGCAACCAUCUGUGAAAACCCAUGUAGAUACAACAGCAUGUCUAAAUCAACCCUCAUUUAGACAAGCCUGCACUUCCUUUCAAGAACAGGGCAGUUUUAUGACCAGGAUUCCAAUCAGCACUCCUGGGUGUCCUCCUCAUACAUGGUGUAUCUGAGCUUCCCCUUUGCAGUAGCAGCAGGCUCCCCAACCAAGUGUCUCCAUUGCCAAGGAGCUCUCCAAAGCAACACUGCACAAUGUGCAAGAGGCCGCCAUUAGAAAGAAACAAAGGGCAUUAGCAGACCCUUUUCUACCAAGGAACAUCUAAACCUGGUUGCUGCUCUAUAUCUGAUGUAACAACCAAGCAACCAACCAACCAACCAUGUCGGUUGUCAUUUCAUUUUACCUAGCUUCACAAAUAUCAUUGGGCGUGUCUGCUUGGCCCGACUAUAGUGUCUGGCAACUCUGUAUACUGUUUCAGGAAGACAGUCCAGAACCAAAUUAAGGUAUACCUCAUCUUCCCUCCAUUGGUCAAACUGUGAUAUAAUUGCCCUUAAGGUAUCCUGGGCACAGGAUCAAUGCAAGAACCUUGACUCUGGCCCAGUACCAUGUGAGCAGCCAGUGCCGAUGUUUGAGUUCAGUAUAGGUGUCACACACUGUUGUAUGUCUGCCCCCCACCAGCAGUCCAGCUGCUGCAUUCUGCCCAAGGGCAGCCCCAAAUACAGCACAUUGCAGGAAUCCAGUCUCGAGUUUAAAGAUGCCUGGACUGCAGUGGCCAAGUGAUCCUGGUCCAGAUAUUGCUAUAGUUGGGGUACCAGACAUAGCUGGCAGUAGGCAGUCCCAGCCACAGUGGAGGAUGUUAAGAAUGCAGUCACAAGUAGUCAUUAAGCAAUUAUAAUACUCUUUUGAAACUCACAUUCCAGGGGCAUGUCUGUAGCAGUUCAUUUUUGUACUCUAGCUGAAAUAGUAUUAAUAACGACAGUUUCUUUUAGGGAUUUGGAAGGUAGAGUGAUUGCAAUAUAAUACCAGCUGCUUCAAUCUCAUAGUUCCUACUCGCUUCCCUUCAACGUUAUUGGUGUGAUUUAGUGGUGUAAUCGUACUAAUCAUUUUGCUUGUUUGUUUUAAAUAGCUCACAGUUCCAAGAGCAGGGUGGGUGGGUGGGUGGGUGGGAAAUGCACAAAUACACAGUCUGUACAAAAACAACAAGGGGGAAAUUUAGAUUAAAAGAAAUGCAAUAUAGGCAAUUUGGCAGACAUCAUGGCAGAGAAAUACCUUUUCAACAGAAAAGAAGAUGCAAAGGAUGACAGUCUUUCCCCAGUGAAGUUGUCUGAGCAGUUUCCAGCUCUGGGAAAGCAUGUUAGAAUCAUAGAUUCUUAGCAACACAUGGCCAUGUGGCCGAUGUGGGAUAGGAAACACUGUGAAGCGACUGGCAGAGGCUCCCUGUGGGCUGGCUGUGAAUACUCUCUUCUUCAACUUCCUUCUAGAACUGUCAAGUAAUCCGUCUCUGGCUUCGACCCUCAUACCUGCUCAUGCUCGGAAUCAAGCAGCUGCUUCAACCCCGACAAAUGUUCCAGCAGCCUCAGGUGAGACUUUCUUCAUGCCUGCCACGUUUUUGCUUGCUAAACUAUUCCACCCCCCAUACCAAACUGUCUUCCCUGACACCGUGUGUCCUCAGUUACUGAUCAUAUCUUGUUUGCGAACUGAAGGGGCGGGGGGAAGCAGCCAAUACCAAUUGUGUUUGCUAGAUUGAUUUCCAUUUCAGACAUGGGGUGAAUAAGGGAACACCAGCAAUUUCCACUCCAGAUUUCCAAUUUCAUCAGCAUUCUGCAACACCCGUUCUUAAAACAAACCACAAGCUGCGCAGAAUCAGAUACUGGGAUAGUGCAGCCUGAGGAUGGGGACAGGUUUCUUAGAGAGGUGAGGGCCGCCACGUGUGUGCAGGAUCCUUGCCCUUCCUGGCUCAUGAAAGCAGCUGAGGAACACUAACCAAGUGGGUAAGGGUGGCGAUUGAACAUGUUCAGCAAAGCAGGGUUGCAGCCUGCCAUAAAGAGGCAGUGAUAAGACCUCUGCUGAAAAAGCCCUCCCUGAGACCCACUGUUUUGGAUAAUGACUGGCCAGUCUCCAAUAUUCCAUUCCAAGAGCCAGUGUGGUGUAGUGGUGAAGAGCGGUAGUCUCGUAAUCUGGUGAACCGGGUUCACUACCCCGCUCUUCCACCUGCAGCUGCUGGGUGACCUUGGGCCAGUCACACUUCUCUGAAGUCUCUCAGCCCCACUCACCUCACAGAGUGUUUGUUGUGGGGGAGGAAGGGAAAGGAGAAUGUCAGCCGCUUUGAGACUCCUGAAGGGGAGUGAAAGGCGGGAUAUCAAAUCCAAACUCCUCUUCUUAGGCAUGGUGCUGGAGUGAGUGGCCGCUUCUCAGCUCCAAGCUUUUCUGAAUGAGACAGAUCAUCCAUAUCCAUUUAAUACUGGCUCCAGCCAUGAUUAUGGGACAGAAGAAGCAUUGGUUGUGUUAGUGGAUGACCUACACCAGGAGCCAGACAGCAGGAGUUGGUUCUCCUGGACUUUUGAUACCAUUGGCCAUGGUUUCUCCGUGGGACACCUCACUGGGAUGGGAUUUGGAGGCACUGUUUUGUGGUGCUUGUAUAAUCUUAUUGUGAUUAUUUAUUUAUUGCAUAUGUAUACCUCCCUAUAUCUGUAGAUCUCAGGGUGGUUCACAACAUAAAAUUACAAUGUAAAAAACACAAAAUACAUAACAAAAAUAAGAGCAAAGACAACCUGAUAACCCCACCCCCCACAACACAUUUUAAAGGGUAUCAGAUGUCAAUCAGCCAAAGGCCCAGUUAAAGAGGAACAUUGUCGCCUGGCGCCUAAAGAAGGUGCCAGCCAAACCUCCCUGGGGAGAGAAUUCCACAAAGGGGGAGCCAUUGCAGAAAAGGCCUGCUCUCAUAUUGCCACCCUCUGGACCGCUUGAGGAGGGGCACAAAGAAGGGCCUGGUAGGCUCACAAGGAGAGAGGCAGUCCUUGAGAGACGGUGCUCCUGAGCCGCUUAGUCCUAGGAAGGGGCUGCUGUGGGUCUUCCGUUUGAUGCUGUUAACCUGAGGUGUCCCUCGGGGUCUGUCCUGCCCCAGUGCUAUUUCACAUUGGCAGGAUGCUGCUAGGAGAGCUUGUCCAGAGUUCUGGGGGUUGCUGCCACCAUUCCAUCUCUCCUUUCCAUCUAAAGAUGACGAAGCUGGUUUGGUGUUAGUAACAGACUGGAAGAGGGUGAAAAAAUUGAAGGCCGUGGUCAGUUGAAAGGCAGAUCAGGGAAUGGAGAUUCAUUAUGUGCUGGAGGGGGUUACACUCCCUGAAAAACUCAGGUUCGCAGCUUGGGAGUACUCAUAGAUUGAACCCUUAAUGGCCAGUUUUAGGCAGUGGCCAGGAGCACAUUUGCACAUUUAAAACUAGUGCACUGUUCCUGGAGAUGUCUGCUCUGGCCAUGAUGCCUUAGUUACAUCCUGUUUGGAUUCCUGCAAUGACCUGUAUGUGUGGCGGCCUUUGGAAACUUCAGCUGGUCCAAGAUGCUGCAGCCAGUUUGCUCCCUGGAGCUCAUUACAGGGAGAAUAGAAACACCGUCACAGCAGCUCCACAGGGUACCAGUCCAUUACUGGUUAUGAUCUAUAAAGCCCUAUACAACUUGAGUCCAGGGUAUCUGAAGGACCUCAUCUCUUAUAUGACCCGGCUUGGACCGAGAUGUGCCGGGUCAUCUCUCUUGAAGAAGGAACAGAAUUGGUAAAAAUACUGCAAGCUCCUGGAUGCUACUUCAGUGUCCAGCAGCAGAGCUAGAUUAAGCAGCACCAACAAACUGCAGAACAGGUUCUUCAGGGGCAGUGCGAUGAAUACCACAUCCCUAGAUUGCGUUGACCAAUCUAAUUCAGUUUUCUACAACAGUACCUGAACCUCUGUUUGUUAGCACUCAUGCAGAUGACUUAUUGGCUCCAUGUGCUUGUUCAGGGUGUUUAUGGUUAUACCUGGAUCCGAUGAAUAAGAGAGGAAAAAUAAAAUUGAUACCAGCCAACUCAAAACCCAAGUUAGAAAUAAAAAUGAGUGGGUAACCAGAACUACAUACAGGAUUCCCAAUCUUGCUAUGUCACUGAUUUGAUGCAUAAAAGGGCAUUACAAUGCUAUAUUUUCAAUCUCUCUCUCAAUAAACCCUAACAGUCUGUCCUUUUCACUGCUGAUGCAUGACAAGUCAGGUUUUAAUAGCACUAGCUGCUAUGGUCCCAACAUCUCUUUCCUGGAUAAUAGGCACUAGUUCAAAAUGUAUAUGAAAUAAGCAUUUGUUUGCUUCAGUGGUUCACCAUUUUACACUUCUUGCCACUUUGUUCACUAUUUGUUCAGCAUAGAGGCGCCAUUUUGGCGCAUUCUGGUUGCUUGGAAUUUUAUCAUCCUCUGCUUUGGUGUCUUCUGUAAACUUAAAUACUUAGCUACUUAAGGCUGUUUCCCCAAAACCACACCCAGCUGCCCUGCACCUGACAUCAGACACACAGCUGCCAGCGAAUAAUUGGGAACCUUAAAGUGCACUCCCAACCAUUCAUUUGCUUAUUAUUAUUAUUAUUAUUAUUAUUAUUAUUAUUAUUAUACCACCCUAUAGCCGGGGGUCUGUCACUGCCUAUUGGGAACCCUAUAGCACAGUCAAGCCCAGCAUGGCACAGCCAACCUUUGCCUAAACAUUCGGGAGCAUACCGUUGUAUGUUGGGACAAUUACAGAUUCAUCGGAGAAUGAAAAAUGUAUUGGUAAUCUAUAGCUGACUGUGGAAUCUGGAUUGAGUAUGUUCUGCAUUUAUUGACUCAUCCUUUUUUCCUACUUGGGUAUUUAUAUGACUGUUAAAAAUGUUAAAGAGCUACUUAAUUAUAUUACACAAAGUGAAGUGUGUCCCACCCCCUAUUAUUUUUCUAGUUUGAUCUAAUGGAUAGCCUUUUGGUAGAGAUGGCUCUCGCUUACAUCAAAUUGUCUCAGAAAUACUUUAUCCAGAAAUCAGUGGGCAAAACUAAUUCAUUCUUGAGCAAAAUAUGAAUUCAUGUGCUUCAACCCUCUUACCAACUGCCCCCCUCCAAAGCGAGUGCAGUGGCAGCAACAGCUGUCCUUGUUGCUAGAAGAGGAGAAGAAGGUGAUGUCUGCUGGUGAUGUAGUUCUCCCAAGGACUCCUGCAAUGACAGCAGGUUUUGUGAAUGCCAAGCAGAACUUGUGAAGUACAGAAGUGCUUGGUUUUUCUUUGCUAAAUAGUGGGGGAGCAGCCCUCUUCUGCAACUGCAAUUUAGCAGAACAAAAGCAGAGCUCCACCAGCACAUAAUGUGUAUGUUUCAAGCAAAAUAAGGCUUUCCCAUUGUAGUAGACUUUAGGAGAACUACACCUUCCAGCAGAAAGUAGAUUCCCCACUCCUCUGGAAGAGGGAGAGAUCAGGUCAACCUUCUUUCUUUCUUUUUAGCAGCACCAACCAGAGAAUGAGAAUGAGAAUUUGGGUACUUACACAGCUAUUGUCUUCUGUAAAGAUGGCUCACCAAGUACCUGACAGCCCCAUCACAGUAAACUUCGCAGCGUUGCUACCUCUCCCACUUUUUUCAUGUAGCAAUAGCUACCAAAUAGAGCAACUCACGAACAUCAGAUACUACAGGUCUAUGCGAGUGUCUCGAUUUAUUGCAGUCCAACAUUUUUCUGUUUUUGAUAUAAAAUUUUGUAAUUGCUUUGAUUUGCACCAUGAAACCCUUCUUAAUUAUCCUUUCCCUCUUGCUGUGUUUCAUUAUGGACUCAGUAAAUCACACCGCUGUUCCGAACCCUGUUUUUAUUGUCUACUGAAUUCAGGAGAGGACUUGGGGAAAAGGAGCAUAGUGGGCUCCCAGUACUUUUCUAACUCUGUAGAAUUAAAUAGUGUCACCUCUUAGCAUCCUGUUUAUUUGUGUCUGUUUAUCAAUCAAGUGUUUUAAUACCUGUUCAUCAGUAAAUUAUUUUCAAAAGAUGUUGUGUAUGUGAGGCCUAAACCUCAGCUAUUUGGUAAAGAACCAUGAUUGGCCAAGGUUUAUUAGUCAAAUGGGUUUUAUGCGAGGAACUGCCCCAGAUAUAGCCAGGCAUCACUGUAACACGCUGCCACCUUUGCCUUCCGAUAUUGCUUGGUUCCUCUUGAUUUAUCAGUACCUCACAAUCUGCUAGCUGUGUUCACGAGAAAAGGGGCAGAGAUGUUUUUUUCCUGCUUUCCCAACCCUUCAGUGUAUGGCAUGUGAAACCUGUUCUUGGCAUCAGGCCCUGCCAUUGCUUUCCCAGAGCCAUGACUUUUGGGGCAUGUCCAGCUGUAGUUGAACCAAAUAGUCUGAUCUAGGCCUCAGCCAUCUUUGCGUGUUUGCUGGAACUCACAAGGAUUAAAAGUGCAAACAACCCUCCCAAUAUCCCCCAGCACACCAGCUCCGCUCAGACCUUUGCAUGCAGAGCUGAAGGUCGGGGCAUGCGCGUGUUGUGCAUGUUCUACCAAAUAAAUUAGAAGUCUCCACAGGAUCAGGAUCCCUACCUUACCAGGAUUCCUGAUUAUAUGGAAGCAGAAGCCUUGUUCAGGGACUUCAUAUUGAAAAGGAGCCAGCAAACAUUGGGGGUUGAGGUGAGGCUUAUGUCUGCUCUUCUACACGCUUGUAACUCUCCUGCCAGAAGAGGACUCUAUUCUUUUCCAGGUACCAAACAGGCCCUUUUAAGAAGUGCCCAAUUUCUCGCUGACAUUCAGGUGUCCCUCUCCUUGUCACAGCUGCCUUAAGAGGCCUGCCUGCAAGCAGCAAGUUUCCAGUAUUUAACCCGUGUCUUUGCUUUCUUUUGCGGUGUUUGCAGAUGCCAAUGCAGGAGAUCGAGUUCAGACCAAUAAUGUAGCUUCAGCAUCAGCCUCCAACUCCACCUGAACUGGUCACAAGCAGCAACCUGUACAGGAACAAUCGCCAGUAAUUUUGAGUCUUGCUCAGCAACGCUGGUCACAUUUGGAAAGAAAAUUUAAAAAGAGGAAAAAAACCCUGUUCAUUAUAGUGUUCGAUUUUUUUUUUAUUAUUGUUGUUCUUAUUUAACCUUGUAAAAUAGAAAUUCAAACCAGUUUCAUUGUGUGCUCACUCUGCUGCGGGCCCCUUGGGGCAGGGGAAGAGGUGGGGUGGGAAGAGGGGAAGUGGAGCAAUAGAACACACCAGUGUCUCUUCCCAGGACAAUCUUCUAAUUUCAAACAAUUGCUGUUGUGUACUUUGGAAUCAGGAAUCUUAUCUCAUGCCCUUCCACAACAGAAAGGAGAACCCUCAUUCUGCUGAAGCUCCUUUUUUUAAGCCUUGUAUUUUUAAGUGAAGUUUCAACUUUUGGUGUAGUGCACAACUUGAAUUUGGUUGGGAGCUUAGCAGGAGUUGCUCACCGUGAAUAACAUACACAGGAGACCUUAACUAUCUUUGAGUUGGGAUGAGGAGGAAGGAAAAUGUGAGGUCUAAAAUACACUGAAUUGCCAAAGCCGGGGGGGGGGGGGCAAUUGCUGUAUGAAUAACGCUUAAGGGCAAAUCUUGAUCUUAAAUUCCGUUCUAGCAUUGGAGAAUUCUGCAGAUAUGUAUGUUACAUAUACACACACAGACUAUCGGCUUGAAUGAAAAAUGCUCAUUCACCUACCUUAAAGAUCCCUGAACAUUAAAGGUUCUGUAAAGCACAAAAGAGCCCAUAGUCAGUCACUUGCAUUCUUCAACAGGUGGGAGCAAGUGGACCCUCCCUCCAGGUGCAGAAAACAGACAGGAAACCAGUGGAGAGGUACUUCUGCACCUCGCCCACCUUCUUUUUUAAACUCUAAACUGGCUUCUUUCUCAAAGAAGCAAACAGGAAAACAAUGCCAGGGUUUAUAACGUGAAUGGACAUAAACCUCCAUUGCAAUUAGAGCUUUCAAAUCGACACAUUUUUAGGUGAUUCUAAAAUCCAAAUCUAGAAUUUGUAUUUAAUUUCACUUUUUUUUUUAAAGCUUCCUUCUUUCUAAUCUUUAUUUAUUGAUCUUCCACGGUCGCUGUUGUGAUGCUUUCACAAUGGUAGUAUAUUAAUGAGUAGACAAAUCAGUUUACUUGCUCUUGCUGACUUAUAGAAAGCUAAGUGUGUGUGUAUAUAUGCACAUAUACAUAUACAUAUAUAUAUAUAUAUUAUAAAUAUAUACAUAGAUACAGUGCUGCUUUUUAUUUUUUAAUCUAUAAUUGGUCUGACUGAAGCAGAAAUGCCUGUUUCUAGUGUCUGUGUUCUGGGUUAUUUUGUAGUGGCAAAAAGUCAAGUCUCUCUGUUUUUGAAGCGAAAGCAAUACUUCUUGAAAGGCGUUAGGGAAGUUGCAAGAAGGAAUGCCAUUGCUGCCGGAGCAACCGAGACAGGCUCUUUCCGUCUAGCUUUCUACUUGGAUUGAGAGAUGUGCUCACCUAGCCUUACACGCCUUCAAAUGAAUCUCGGUCAUCUUGGUGCUUGUGAGAGUUUAUUUCAUUGUUGAAUCUUUUGAAACAUGAUUUGCUGAUUUGGCCCGGGGGAAACUCCGCAUUAUGCAGAUGCAGCCACCGGAAGGCAACAGGGCCUCCUCUUUCUUCUCACAUUUAUGAAGCUGGGUCUGAGAGUCUAAUCUGAUUAAAGGUGCUUGUCAAGGAGGGAGCUGUUGGGCUGUCUCAAAAAAGGAUGAACAGAAAGUUCAGAUACAUGGUUAUUAAAAUAGCUUCAAGGGGAAUGGGUAUGGAACCCAUAUUUGUUUAAACACUCCAGUUUUCCAUAAAUGAGCCUAUGGCGAAUGAGAGGCCUGGAAGGGGAUCUUGAUGCAGGAAAGGAGCCGAUAGGUGUCUUCCAUGUUGAUUUAUAGCCCUCGCGAUCAGAGCUCUUGAGACACUUGAACAAGCAGGAGGAUGACAUAGAGAAAACUCAGUUUGCAGUCAGGAGAGCAGGACAGUCUAGGCUCAGAAGACAGAUGGUGUCUUAGGAUUUGCAUUACUUUCUGUUAGUUCGAUGCUAGCAGGGAAGAAGAAUGAAAAGCGUUAAUUAUUUUUUUAAAAACAAUUGUUUUGUGUGUGUGUGUAUGUGUGUGUGUAUGUGUAAACUGAGAUCCUGAUGGUUUUAUUUUCUCGAGGAUCAUGGCGGGACUGCAGACAAAAUUUUAUACAAAUCUAGAUCCAGGUGUUUCAAUACCAUUUUUGUAAAUAAACAAGACAAAAAGCUCCUCACCAAAUUCAAGUUUGUACAUUAGUUGUUCUUAAAAUUUUGAGUUGUAUUGCUUUGUAUGUAAAUAUGUGGACCCAGGAACUGCUGUUAAUGAGCAAAACGUUACCAUUCAGGGCAGUUAAAUCUGUUUUAAUAAUCAGACAAAAUGUAGACGAGCUUUUUAAAGCCAUAUAGUUUUAACUCUGUACAGUAGAUAACCGGCCUGUAUUAUUGUAACAAUAACUCUAGCGAUGUAUAGUAUAUCUAUAUAGUUUGGAGUGCCUUUGCUUCCAUAAUUUUUUUUAUUUUAUUUUAUUCCUUUUUUUGUACCAGAUGUCUCACACAUGGAAAUCUUUGUUUCCCUUCUUUGAGUUAUUUCAUGUUAGUAGUAUAAUUAAAAAGAAAAUUCAUUCAAUUUUAUUUUUUAUUUUUACUUCAAACCAUGGCUUUGUUCGUAGGCGUUUAAAAGUUUCUCUCCCUUACCCACAAUAGCAGUGACCGGUUUCAUUUUACGUUUGCUAUCUUGGCAUCUAAGUGGCAAGUUUACAUUUUGCUCGUCUUUUCCCAGUACGUUUGUCAAGAGUUACUUGUAGACAACAGCUUCUAGCUAGGAGCUAUAGUUUAGUCUUUGUUUCCGUAGAGGCAAAAUAGGGCUUUGCAAAGAAGCUGUCGUGGAAUGGGGGUGGGGGCAGCAGGGGGGUGGAAGAUUUGGGGUCUCACUCACACAUCCUUUCUGCUUUUUUUGGCCAGAGAUUAAUCUGUGGUAUUGAGAGUCUGUAGUUGUAGAUUAUCACUUGCCCUCCCUCUCACCCUCGAGUUUUAUUUUCUUAUGAAAGUCAUUUUGAAGUUGACCUUAAUUUCUGUGCCCAGCACAAAGGCCUUGCUUUGAAAACUCUGCUCACUUGUGUGUUUGACCUUGUUAGUAUUCCACGUGAGAUUCUCUUCUUCGGUGGCAAAAUGCUGAACUUUUUAUCAAACCAAAGGUUGCUGUUUUGUUUUUUGGCUUUUUGUCUUUUUGUAAUCAUCUUGUGUUCAUUCCAGUAAGGCAGAGGCUGCACUUUUUCUGGUGACACAAAGGUCAGUGAUAGCAUUUUGUUUCUGACACUCCACUCAGAAGUCUGUUUUGUGGCUUGUUUUUAAAUGAAGUACCUUAAUGGUCUCUUGAUCUAUCCUUUGUCUGCAUUGCAACUGUGCAUGUCCCUGAGAUGGCAUUAACAAUAUUCUGUGUCCCCAGCUGAAAGUCAAUCAAGACACUCUCUUAAUUUUGAAGUACCUUCCUUUAAACAAAGGGGCGUGUGGAAUCAACAAAGAUUACUCUGAAGUCAUCUAAACUGAUACUUGAGCAUAUACUUCUUUUUAUAAAUAAGCCAAGUGAUGGUGAAUGUCCGUAAUUAGUGUUAAUUUGAAAUGUUCCCGGAUUAGUAAUGCUUCUUAAGAAAUGCUACCAAUAAACUAUUAUCCAUUAUAACUCCCAGCCACUAGAGGUCAAAGCCAGUAAUGAAAAGCACAGUUUAGUAUGUAACCCAGGACCUACAUUUGCCAGGUGUAUACAUCAGAAAGCCUUUGAAUUCCCAAUAUUUCUAUAGAGGCUAAUUUCUUGCUUCAUGUGUGACAAGGCAAUAAAAGCAAAACGAAAAGGCGUAAUAAAGACUUGUACCUAAAGGGUUAGCUUGAGAUACAUAUUUUCCUUCCUUGUGUUGUUUGUUCUUGGUUUUUUUGGGAAAAAACAACAAUUUAUAUAUAUAAAUGAACGUUUAUAUAUAUAAAUAAUAUGCUUGCCUGUAAAAUUUGCGUUUGUUACUAUGUUGCUGAUAGAUCACUUGGGCUUGUGCACACAAUUACCGUGAUCACUUCCAUCUUAAAAGCAGAAAAUCUAAAAUCUAUAUAUAAUGGACUGUGGGUUGUAUACAAACUAUUGCAUACACGUACAAAGCUGUCUUGAUUCAAAGAAGAAGCAAAACAUGUAUAACAUUAUUACUACUUGAAUGCCUCUGUGACUGAUUAAUUUUUUCAUUUUAAAUAUAAACUUUUUUGUGGAGAGUAUGCUUAAUGUUUUAUUAUUUUGCCUCCUCCCUUCUGCUCCUUUGUAAAUACAUUUUGUUCUGUGUGACUUGGUUCGGAAAUAGUUAACUGGUACUGUAAUUUGCAUUAAAUAAAAAGUAGGUUAGCCUGGACAUGAAAUUUAAAAAUACAAAGUGUGUGGUCUUUAUUUCAAAACUCUUGAACUUUUCUGUAUCCCACCUCCAUUAAAAGUCUCUUCUUCUGCUCCUAUUCACCUUUUUCCAGAACUGUUCCUCACCCCGCCCAACAAGGGGGGGUUUGACUCUUUAUAUAAUAAACACAGGGAGCUAGCAUGUUUUCUUAAAUGGUCUGUAUUAAUCUGUGAUACUUUUGCAAGAGAUAACAGCUUCUGUCUUCCACCAAACCAUUUGAUUUGAUGGAAAGGAAGAGGAACCCUUUGACAGUUAUCAUCCUCGAUGACCCUACUUUAUCUGCAAGAUGUGCUGAGACAUAUUAUAACGCACUUCCUUUCUUUGAGCCCCUGAGUCAAUCUGGUGAUGGUGUGAAGAGUUUAUAAUAACCAUGUCUUGUGGGGCUGUUCCUCCAACAAAUCGGCACGUUGCUAUCUCUGAGCUGGGUUUCAGUCCUGGAUAAUGUAUGUAUUCAAUGUGAUGUCUGUUUGCGCAAAAGAAAAUUUCUUUUUCAAGCCGAAUGACUGGUCAGAUCUAUUCUGUUACUAUACUAAAAGGCUAGAUGCAAGGUCAUGUGACUACUGCUUCAAUAAAUUAAAAAAAUAUAUUGC